GAGAGAAAACCAGAGCGCACAAGAGAGAGCAUCUUUCUUUCUUUCUCUCUCUCUCUCCCUCCCCUCCUCCUCUUCUUCUUCUUUCCACAUAUACAGAAAGCAAAACAGCUUCCAAAGGAGCAGAGGCAGGCAACGAAAGGAAACCGCAGGCAACCGAUUUGAUUGAUUAUUUUUUAAAAGAGAUAUAUCUAUAGAUAGAUAGAUAUAUAAAAAUAGCCAUCGUGGGUUUUUUUUAGAAUCCAAACUCCCAGCUAGAAGAGAGAGAGAGAGGGAGCCUCGUCAAUUUCAUCCUCUGGUUUCCCUCCUCGCCAGAUCCACUGCUGCUUUAAGAGGAGGGGAAACCGACAAGCCCAUAUUCUCUCUGUGUGCGUCCCCCCCCCCCCCAAUUCCCCGCCCCAGCUCCUCUGUUUGCUGAGCAGAGGGGGCUGGGGUGUGUUGUGGGAGCUGAAUCCUCCUUGGUGGAGAUGCUGGGUGGGGGGGCUUUUUGGAACCUCUGAGCCCCCCCACACCUCCCUUCUUACACCUACUCUCCUCCUCUUCUUCUUCUUCUCUCUCUCUCUCUCCAUCCUCCCCCCCACCCGGUUUUCCUUUUCAUUCCUGGCUCCUUGCUUUGAUAGGAUUGAAGCCACAACCAUUUAAAAGGGGAGAGGGAGGAGAAAGGAGCCGGGGGGGGGGAGAGAGAGAGAAGAAGAAGAAGAAGAAGAAGAGAGAGUCGAUGUCCAUCUUUUAAAAGGAGAGGAGAAGGAGAAGGGGGGAAGAAAAGAAAAGAAAGGGGGGGAGAGAGAAAGGAGUGUUUUGGAAAAGGGGGUGGUGGUGUUUGAUCAUCACACACACCCCUUCUCUCUCUCUUUCUCUCUCUCUCUCUCCUCCCCCCCUUCCAAUUUCAAACUACCACCGGGUUGUUGAUAUUUUUUUUCCCCUACGAGGACCAUCAGUCACUUGAAGUCUGACACCUCGCAGCACUUGAUGGGCAGCUACGACAGCCAAAAGGCAGAAGAAAGGGUCUACUUGGGAGGAAGAAGAUACCCGUAAGGAAGGAAAUAAGGAACUCUAGCCUUUACCCCCCCCACACACACACAUGCAAACACAUCCACGCAGAUCUGUCAUCCCGGCAACCUCACUAGCAAGCUGGCUUAGGUUUGUUUUCUAUAUCUGUACGCGUGUGAGUGUAAAAGGUUAGAUUUUUUUCCCCUCUCUCUUUUUUUUGGGGGGGGGCUAUUUUUUAAAAAAAUAUAUUAUUCUUGCUGCUGAGCGAUCCACAGAGAAACCGGCCGUCCCUGAAAGGAAAAUAGGUUGUUUCCUAAACCCACCAAAACAAAAACCCCUACCCAAAGGCAAGAAAAGCCAAACUAUUUGAAACAGUUUCCAUCUCUCACUUGGUUGGUCUUCUUGGAGCGAUGGGGUCAGAGAGGGGGCCAAAAUGAAAGAUCUCCUCUUUGGAAAGGACUGAAGUUUCUCUGGCCCCCCCAGAGCCGCCUCCCCCCAAGGGGGAGAAGCAAGAAGGAAAGAAAGCCCGAGAGAACAAACUUCCCAGCGUCUGAUGGCACAAAGGGUAAGUGAUGGCGAGGAGGAGGACGGUGAUAAUAAUGUGUUUUUGGGAUAGAACUCGGUGUUGUUUGCGAAAUCUGUUCUGAAAGAUGUCUUAUCUUCUGGCCUAGACUCUUAGAAGCACACGACAAAAACUCAACAAGUAAAAUAAAAGGGAAUGAUAGGUCUGCGUGUUUGUGUGUGUGUGUUUUUUUUUAUAGAUCUAUAGUUUUCUUAUUGCCUGCUUUUUCGGAAAAGAAAAAAUAACUUUGUGGCUUGUGAAGUUAGUAACUCUAGAACUCACAGCGGUAAAGUCAGACAGGGCUUGAACCUGUCUGCUGCCUUUAAAACAGCCUCCAUCCCUCCCUCCUUCAACACUUCCCAUCUCAACUUCUUAUUUGUAAAUAUUUAUCUCUUCCCUCCCUCCGCCCACCCCGGGGUUUGAUUGGCAAGUGUCAAAUGGGAAUUUUUGGAUGGGGGAAAAAGAAAAGAGAGAGGAAUGCCACUUUGGAAAUAUAUAUAUUUAAAAACAUUUUCAUUUCGAGUAUAUUAGCUGUCACCCCUAGUCGGUAUAAAUAGAGGCACGCCUCAUUCUCGGGUUAACUUUAUGGUUUAAGAGACAUGGCUUAAAAAACAACAAAAUAAACUAAAUAUUGACCGGUGUUUUGAAGCGUCCCUAUAGCAAAUUUGAGCAAAAUAGAUGCAUUGGGUAUACUUAAGAACAAAACCGAAAAAGCAGCCGGGGACAAAACCUCUCUCAGGCAGAGCAAACUAUUUCUUGACUUUCUCAGUCUAGCCUUUUUGCUUUGAUUCCACGUUGCUCUUUUGAAAGCCUCAAUGGGGCUGCUUUGUGGCAUUUUGCGAUGCCUUUCUGAAGUUUUUCGACUUCUUUUUUCUCCUCUGACCCCCCUCCGUGGAGCGGCAGAAAAGAUCUGGCCGGUCUGAAAGGCUGAGGUUAAUGUGUCUUCAAUGUGGCCGGUUGUAAGAAAUUCAGGAAACUUUUCAUGGGACUCUAAUUCCCAAACCGCCACCAUUUAUUUUGUGUGGGUGAACGCUUUGGUACCCACCCCCUCCCCACUAUUUUGAAAUUCAUCCAUUGCGUUUGGGGCUGGAGGAACUACAAUUCCUUGCAACAGAGACAGAAUCAGCUACUUCCUUCUGCAAAAAAGUCUCUCGAUUUUUCCCCCCACCCACCCAACUUCUCUAUAGCAAGCCAAUGCAGCUUCCACCAACAUUUUUUAAUUCAAGGAGAAUCUCUGCCGCUUUAUUAAAAAAUCCUGUCCAUUCUGACUAAGUUUUCAAACUUUAGAAAUCAACUGUUUCUCUAGGCAAAAGCGGAAGGGUGUGAGUGUGUUGGAAACCCUUCACAUACUUACACCUAGAGAAACUCUGAUAAGAUAAUUCAAAAUAUGAGUGUGCUCAAUAGUUUUGCAACCAGCAUUUGUUACCAUCACCUACACCGGAACAAUUUAAAUUACUGUUGUUGCUGUUGUUGUUCAUCAUUCAAAGGUCCCACGCACAGAGCAUAUGUGGGGCAUUUAAAAGGCAUCCGUUCAUUUAUUUAUUUGAAAUUGUGUAUUUUGCACCCGUUGAAAGAGAGGAGUCUGUGGAGUUUCAAGCGAGGUUUUGCGAAACGAGAGAGAGAGAAAUAACGUCAAGCGGCCCAUAAGAGCAUGAGAUACGGCAUGAUUUAAAUAAGAAUAGUUGGCAGGGUGAAAAAAUUUCACACUUUCUCUUUUUUUGCCCCCUUUCCCCACGAAAGGGGGGCGGGAGAUGGGAGAAGAAGAGAAUGUUUUUGUUCUAUUUAAAAAGAACACUGAAGUUUCGAAAAGUGCCUGGCGGGGUUUAAGGAGUUAUAAAGAGUUUGACUGUACUCCCUUUAAGGAGGAAAAAUAAAAGCGAGCGAGAGAGAGAUUGGGGCAAAAAGAUGUAGGUGUUGAUUUCUUCUUAAGGGGAACAGCCAGUCGGGAAAAGGAUGAAGAUGACCUGCGAGUAACGGGACAGUUCAUUCAGGAAUUAAAUCCAAGCUUAUUUAAAAGCCCGCUUGCGGGAAGCAUGAAAACGAGGCAGAUUCCCAGUGUUAAAAUGAUGAUAAAAUUAAAAAUUCCUUCUUGGACAGUCCAGUCCCAGGACAGGAGUAUGACUGUGUGCGUGCGUGAGUUUGAUCUCUCCAAAGUUCAGUUAGGAGAAAGGCUUUCUCACUUCUUUUAAAGUUUGCAGAGAAACGAUGCAGCCUCCGGUCCACUAGCAAAAACAAAUUUGGGGUUUAAGGAAGCUAGAUUAUUUUUUCUUGUAUGUGUGGAAGGUGUUUUGCAGUUUGAGGGUGCAUCAAACUGCAAGCGAAAUUAGCAGCUUUCCCACCUGAUUUGCAAGUAACUUUUUUUUAGGGAGGAGGAGAACUGGUGGGGGUCUUCUUCUAGCUGCUGUGUUUUGUAGGGGGCUGGGGAGGGGGAGAGACUACGGCGCCCAGUACUUGGGAGCGCGACGCUGCGCGCAGGCCUUGGAGACGGAGGCUGGAAUUAACAAGGCCGGCUUCGUGAAAUUGACGAGCGCUGGCGUGAAAUUGACUUAAGUGGCCGAAGGCACAAAAGACGACCCAUUUGUGGCGAGAGAUGGCGAAAGUUUGGGGGCUGUUGUGAGGGGCGGCUGGGAAGAAAUGGCCGGGGGUCUCCUGAGCGGAGGAUUAAGGGCAAAGCUGGCCGUUGGUGUAUGGACGCUGCUGCUAAACUCAAUUUUAAUUUUAAUUUAUUUUGAGGGGGUGCAGAAGAACGGCAAACAAAACUAGCAAAUGUUCGACCCAAGUGGAAAACUCGGGGAAGUCGUGACGUCGGUGGGAAAAGAUCAAAAUGCGGGGAGAUUUUAGAUAAUAACCAAGGCUUGUGUCUGUAUAUUUGUGCUCCCCCCUCAAUACUUCGCCCCAAGUUCCUCUCUGAGAUGAAAACCUUCCAAAAAUUUGCUUUUUAAAAGUCGGUCAUUUAAAAGGCAUCUUUCUUUGUAUCACACACACAAAUGUGACUUUUUAGGCGUGCUUAGAUAUGGGUUUUCCUGGUGUUUGGCUGUGCAAUUUAUUCGCCCUUUGGUGAUAUGAAAUUUGCUAAAUGCGCCUAGAUCGGAUGUCUAAACUUUCUCUCUCUCUCUGUCUCUCUUUGCCCCACACCUUGCCCCGUUUUCGCACCUGGGUCUUCUUUACCUCCAGUACGAUGACUUGGUACAUUACGCCGGAAUGGACGGGGUCUCUCUGCCGGGCUUUGGAGACCCACACACGGGCCGGGGUCUGCAACACCACGCUCUGAACCAGGGGGGCCCUUACGGAUCCGCCGGAGUGAACCACCGGCCCGGCUUGCCCCCGGGGCUGGGCACCAACGACGCCUUGAAGAGAGAGAAGGAUGAGAUUUAUGGGUGAGUCCGGAUCCCGCUCAGUCCCUCGAGAAAGGACGGUGGGAGGGAGGUGGGAUGGGUUGGCAGGGGUUCGGAUGAUGAGCCCAAUUCGCCUUGAAAACUUUUGCGCGCAACUCUUUGGCAUCGGGGAAUCGGCCCCCCUCCUCUUCCCCAAACCCUCUUUGGAUAAUGGAGAAAGGGAGGAGAAGGGUGGAAACAUGAGCGCCUCGAUCCGAAGCCUGCCUCCUCGGGAGUAAAUGCCUCUGUGCUCUAGGGGGCUUUCCACCCAAGGAAACGGGCCGCAGGAAGACUCAAAACUUAUUUUGCAGAGGUUGCACCCCCGCCGCUUGCUCGCUUACAUCGGGGUGAACCCGGCGGAGCCUGUUCCUGCUUGCACGGAGGACUUACUCCCGAGGAAUCGUGCUGCGCUCACUUGGAAGGAAGCCUCUCUGAAGCCACAGGGGCUGCUUCCCAGUUAGACGUGCAGACGAUCCGACCGCAAAUCUGAUAUAUUCCAACCGGGAUAUUUCUCUAAAUUCAGCUGGAUCUCGCUCUCACACACAAACUCUUAGCGGAUCGAAGAUGUUCCCUUCCGGUAGAUCUGUCCUCAGGCUUCUCCCCCUUCCCCCAUGAAAGAGGGUUAUUACCGUGUUUGCUUAAUUGAUCGAUUCGGUGGGACGUGGCUUCCCUGCGGGUCUCCCCGUCUUGCUUUUCCCAGGGAGCGUAAAUAGUGGGGUCCCCCACCCCACCACCCCCCAGUCUCGCGCACACUUUAUCCUUUUUUUGCAGCCGGAUCCUCUGCGUGUUUAUUCGUUAGUAUUUUUCCUAUGUGCUCCCGAGUAAGUCUGCCGAGGACCGCUGCCUGAAUUAACUGUCCUCUCCCUCUAGGUCGUAAUCGGUUUGUUUGGUGACUCCAACCAGACAGACUUUGAUUUACAGGGGGCAUUUUCUGCCUGGGUUCCGCAGGCUCUUCUUGUUUAGAAAUCCGCUCAAAGUGCGUGGGAUUUCUAGAACAUCUGCGCGCCUCGAGAUUUAUUUGGGCGUCUGCGGUUUCCAAGACUUCACUUUAUCCUCGCGCUUUUCUCCGUGGGGCGAAAAGGAUGGGUUGUACUGUAUAUCUUUCUCUCUCGCGCCCUCCAUUCCGCAUGUUUCUUCAUGCCAAAGAAUGACAGGAUUCGCGUCUCCUGUAGCUGGCUAGCUAGAUUUUCCUUCCUGCUGUGCGUUUACGAUUCCCAACCUCAGGUGGGUGUCUCCUCCUUUCCAAAAGGUCCGUUCCUCUUUUGGGCUGCGCGUCUCAGGGUUUCCACAAAAGAUGAAAUGCUUUCGGGAUUUCCGGGCCUCUUUUUUUAGUUUCCACCAAUCCUACAGUAUAGAUCCCCCCCCCCCCGCUUCUGAAAAGCAUUUUGUUUCCUGCUAGACUCAGAGGGAUAGGGGCGAACCCUCCGACGACCGCAAGAAAUAAGAAGCGGGCAAGCGACGGAGGUUUACGCUCUUGAAAUCUCAGGCUUUCACUAUUAUUCUAAGUCCACUGGGUCCAGCUAGCUCGGAAACCUGGCUCUCCGGGGUUUCAGACGGGGUUUCCCCGCAGCCCUACCUGGCGAUGCCAUGGAGAAUCGAACCAGGAACCUUCUUCGAUGCGCAACAGAUGCGCGUCUACUGAGCCACGGCUAGCUGUGGAAAGCCCGGAGGGCGGCAGGUUGGCAAAAGCGGAGGACGCCGGGGAGGCGGGAUAGAAGGGCACAGGGACACCGGGAGCUGCUUUAUCCUGAGUCAGGCCCCGUUUGGCGCUGUCUUGCCCGCUCGGGCUGGCAGCGGCAGUGAUUCUCAGGGUUUCGGGCAGGGGAGGAUUCGAACCCGCACCCCAAGAGGAGAUGCCGGGGUGCGUGAAAAGCGGGUGCUUUGCCACUGAGCCUCAGCCUCUCCUUCUCCUUCUCCUCCACAUCAUCAUCAUCAUCAUCAUUGCUGCUAUUAUCAUCCUGUGGUUGAGAUCCCAGCAGAAAGGGACUCCAAAGUGCGCAGGUCAGCUGAAAGGGUGGUGGAGAGGAUUGAAAAAAAAUAGAGUGAUUGAAAACAAGAGCGCUUACGUGUGAAUCAGCCAAGGAUCAGACCCUCCCCGGUGUGCCUUGCAGAGGUGGCCCCUCCCGGGUUUGAGAAGAGGCAGCUGACUCAGAUUUGGGGCAUCAAGGAGUGGCGAGGCGGGGAGGCGGCUGGGGAGAACAGUCCAGUCACUCUUUUCUCUCCCCUCGGCCCCCGCGCAACUCCAGCCUCAGUAAACUCCAGCCUCAUCUGUAAAACGGGACCAACAGCGGACUUCUCAGAGCAGGUUUGGGAGGUGUGAGAGGAUUUGCGGCAGGAGCUUUUGAGCGGAAGGAGGCGGAAUCUUUUUCGGGGUGUGUGUGACGAAUUCAUGGAUCCCGUGUGAACUGGAUCCAAAGACGGAGUCGCCAGCCCCGUUAUAAAUUGUGAGCUUCCCAGAAGCGCAAGGCUGGGCACUCCGGAAAAGGGGACCUUGGGUGUUAAAGGGUCUUUCCGUUUCAUCCCACAUGAUCCUUGUAGAAUCCCCACAAGGGGUUCCUACAGACCACCACCCCAGUUGAAAAAGGCAUUUAUUAAUACGGGCAUUAAAAUUAUUUUUCACUGCGGGUUGUGUGUGUGUGUGUGUGCAUGCAGCGUUUUACAAAGUGCCAUUUGUUGCUCUUUGCGCUGGAUCGGUCCCAGCGAACAGGUGGGGAUGUCCAGCUCGGGCUUUGUGCUGCAGUUUUUUCCAUCGCAGAGGUGAAAAUGUGUGUGUGUAGGUGCACGCAUGAUUUUGUGAGUGGGCAUGGAUGUGGCACACCCAGAUCCACACCCUCAUGAAUUUGGAUUUAUUUGAGCACCCAAGAAGGAAAAAUCCAAAUGACAGUUUAAAAAAGUUUAGUAGGCGUUUUCGGCUUUUUUCCUUGUUACAUUUUUUGAAGUGAGUUGACUCAAAACCUGAUUUUGGGGUGUGCUUCAUGGAGCACUUUGCCUGAGAGUAGAGCUAGUUUGGCAAUAGAACACAAAUCCUUCUAAAUCGGACAAAAAGUCCGCUUUGCCCAGUGUCCUGUUUCCGACAGUGGCAGGUCUAGUUCAGUGGCGUUCGGCUGGUUGUUCAGGGCUCACUAUUUGGUCAAGGCCUGGUCAUUUAUUUAUUUAUUUACAUUUAUGACAAAUAAACAUUUCAAACAGAAUCAUCUUUACAUAUCAUAUUUUGACCCCCCCCCUUUCUGCGGUUCUUUAUAUUUACUCUAUUUUCCUGCGUAUCCCAAUCUAAAUCUAUUUUAUAUUUCAUUUCCAUCCAUUUCAUAUAUGUUUUCACUGCUGAACUGGUCAAGGCCUGAUCUAAGAUGUGUUGCAACAGCAGCACUGCUAAUAAUAAUAAUAAUAAUAAUAAUAAUAAUAGAGAAAUGGGUCCCCAAAUGUAUGCUUGGCUUAAGGUGGUUACCCAGGUCUGAAAACCUUUAAGACCUGCAAGCAGGCCAUGAAAUUAAUUGUCUUCCCCAGUUGUCUGUUUGCCAGCAGUGUUUUCUGGGAUACACUGCCACUGAAGAAGGAAGCUCCAUUAACCUCUGGCUUUUUGCUGGUUGCUUCCUCUUGGGUUAUCAGGCUAUGUCCCACAAGCAGCUUAAAAGUAAAGGUAAAGGGACCCCUGACAAUUAGGUCCAGUCAUGGCCAACUCUGGGGUUGCGGCGUUCAUCUCGCUUUAUUGGCCGAGGGAGCCGGCGUACAGCUUCCGGGUCGUGGCCAGCAUGACUAAACCGCUUCUGGUGAACCAGAGCAGCACACGGAAACGCCGUUUACCUUCCCACCGCAGCGGUACCUAUUUAUCUCCUUGCACUUUGACGUGCUUUCGAACUGCUAGGUUGGCAGGAGCUGGGACCGAGCAAUGGGAGCUCACCCCGUCAUGGGGAUUCGAACCGCUGACCUUCUGAUCGGCAAGUCCUAGGCUCUGUUGUUUAACCCACAGCGCCACCCGUGUCCCGCACAAGCAGCUUGGGUGACCAUAAACCACUUUUCCAGGUUGUCAGUGCAACCAUCAUGGCCACCCCAUAGAGACAGGCUGAGGUAGAUGCUUCAGUGUGCUUCCCAGUUUCCCAUGCACAGUGGCCAUGUGGGAGAAGCCACUUUGGUUAGCUUUUCCCACACCACCACAAACGCCCUGCCUCCAGCUCAUGCAGGAAACACUGAACAUGCUCCCUGUGUGAUUGGCAGAGCACACCCCAGUGAUAUCAGGUCCCUGUGAUAUUGCAGAGGUGCCUAUAUAUUUGGAUUGCGAACAGGGUCCUUGUAAGAACAUAAGAAUAUCAGAUCAGCUUGCUGGAUGAGGCCAAUGGCUCAUCUAGUCCAGUAUCCUGUUGCACAGUGGCCAGAUUCUUUUGGGAAGCUGGCAUGAUGGUUGUGAACGCAACUUCAGAGCCCAUAUCAACAUUGCUGGCCCGAGGAGCCGCUUAGAUGGGUUGGGUAGCUAGAUAAGCCUUCUCCAAGUACCGUAUUUUCAGACCAUAAGACACACCUAGUUUUUGGAGGAGGAAAACAAGAAAAAAAAUAUUCUGAAACCCAGAAGCCAGAACAGCAAGAAGGAUCGCUGCGCAGUGAAAGCAGCAAUCCCUCUUGCUGUUCUGGCUUCUGGGAUAGCUGCGCAGCCUGCAUUCGCUCCAUAAGAUGCACACACAUUUCCCCUUACUUUUUAGGAGGGAAAAAGUGAGUCUUAUAGAGAAACAAAUACGGUACUUUUUUAUGCCAGCUUCCAGUUGCAAAGGUGUUCUUUCUGCUCCUCAUUGUGAGCUACAGACUUAAUCGUUGCUCAUCUGGAAUCUCUCUUCCAUAGGCUCUUCUGUGAGUAAAAAGAGUGGAUCAGCCUUGUCCAAGCUGGAGCCCUUCAGAUGUUUUAGACUCCCAGUCCAGAACAUCUGGAGGACUCCAGCUUGGAUGUAUUGUCCCAUGCUUUGAUCACUUGGGAUUGGGAGGGAGGAGGCAAAUCUCAAAUGAGUGUCCCAAGAGAGAAAACUGGAAGAAGCUAGAUGACGGUGGGAAGGUGCAGUCUGUUUCCGAACCUGGGGACAAGAUGGAGCUGCAAGGUGGCGAUUUGUGAGAUAGUGUUGAGUGUUUUCCUCCCAUGGUGGAAGUCUGUACAGUUCUCAGGUGACCUAGGUGUUGACCAGACAUUGGCCUGCUUAAGCUCCAGCAAGGUUGUGGCAUCACGUGGCUUUGGACUGUGCCCUAGGGACCUCACCUGCCUUGUUGUUGUUGUUGUUUAGUUGUGCCCGACUCUUCGUGACCCCAUGGACCAGAGCACGCCAGGCACUCCUGUCUUCCACUGUCUCCCACAGUUUGGUCAAACUCAUGCUGGUAGCUUCAAGAACACUGUCCCACCAUCUCGUCCUCUGUCGUCCCCUUCUCCUUGUGCCCUCCAUCUUUCCCAACAUCAGGGUCUUUUCCAGGGAGUCUUCUCUUCUCAUGAGGUGGGCAAAGUCUUGGAGCCUCAGCUUCAGGAUCUGUCCUUCCAGUGAGCACUCAGGGCUGAUUUCCUUCAGAAUGGAGAGGUUUGAUCUUCUUGCAGUCCAUGGGACUCUCAAGAGUCUCCUCCAGCACCAUAAUUCAAAGGCAUCAAUUCUUUGGCGAUAAGCCUGCUUCAUGGUCCAGCUCUCACUUCCAUACAUCACUACUGGGAAAACCAUAGCUUUAACUAUACGGACCUUUGUUGGCAAGAUGAUGUCUCUGCCUUACUUGGAAGCAAAUCCCAUUUGCUUCCAUGGGUGGCAUCUCAUGCUAGUCCCACUCACAGCAGACUUGUUGAAACUAAGUUUGGUCCAUUGGUUUCAAUGGGACUUCGUAAGACUCAGUUGCAGACAAACCAGUGCCACUUAACUUCCAUACAAUGGACACAAUCCAUCAAAAUGUGCAGUGCAAUCAACGUCCAGCUCAUUUCAGUGGAACGCACUUCCCAGUUCCAGUGUGUAGGGCUUAGGAAGCUGCCUUCUAUUGGGUAAGACCACUGGCCUGUCUCACCUGGUAUUGUCUUCACGGAUUGGCAGCUGCUCUCCGGGUCUGGGGUUUCAGGCAGAGAUCCCUCCUAGCCUUACCUGGAGAUUCGUCCUGAGAUCAAAUCUGGAACUUUCUGCAUGGAAGGCAAAUGCUGUUCCACUGGGUUGCAACCCUAAACCACGACUUCAGCUUUAGUUGUGACUAAUGGCAAUGACAGCAUCCUCAGUACAUUUACUCAGAAGUAAGUCUUGAAGAGUUCUAUGGGGCUUGAGUAAAUCCCCCGUCAACGUGGGUUAGGACCAGGACUUCUUUAAAAGGCACAGGACUGAACUUGGUGGUGACUCAUUAAUGAACAAUUGUUUUGCUCACACCACACAGAUGUAAAUUUGGGGUUUGCUACCAAAUGUAAGGGGACGCGGGUGGCGCUGCGGGUUAAACCACAGAGCCUAGGACUUGCUGAUCAGAAGGUUGGCAGUUCGAAUCUCCACGACAGGGUGAGCUCCCGUUGCUCGGUCCCUGCUCCUGCCAACCUAGCAGUUCGAAAGCAUGUCAAAGUGCAAGUAGAUAAAUAGGUACCACUCUGGUGGGAAGGUAAACGGCUUUUCCGUGCGCUGUUCUGGUUCUUCAGAAGCGGCUUAGUCAUGCUGGCCACAUGACCCGGAAGCUGUACACCGGCUCCCUCAGCCAAUAAAGCGAGAUGAGAACCGCAACCCCAGAGUCAGCCACGACUGGACCUAAUGGUCAGGGGUCCCUUUACCUUUACCUUUUACCAAAUGUAAGUAGUAAAUAAAUUUUUAUUUAUACCCCGCCCUCCCUGGCCAAGACCUAACAUCAAAUAUCAAAUACAUUAAAACACAAUUGAACAAUUGAUUAAAAUACAGCUUAAAAAUUAGAAUCAGGGUAAAAUUAAACGAUUGCCCACGAAUUACAACCAUAGGGUUCGGGAACCUCAAAUAUUCACUAGGGCCAGCUAUCCAUGUUGGUCCCACAUGAGCCAGUAAAACGGCCAAAGAGGUAACUUACAGGGUCCCAUAGAUCGGGGGGGUCAAACUGGGCCCGGACCGAAGGCCAGGAGGAACAGCUCUGUCUUGCAGGCCCUGCGGAAAGAUGUUAAGUCCCGCAGGGCCCUGGUCUCCUGCGAUAGAGUGUUCCUCCAGGCUGGGGCCAAAGCCAUUGCAGAUCUGCAGCCAAUCCCAGCUCCCUGUAUAGGGCAUAACUUUAUUGUAAACACACUGCACUUUUUAAAAAAAGUUUGUGCUUAAAAUACAACACACAACGUCGUCCAUAGAGCAUUCUCGUCCCAUGCAUGUUUAUAUAGAUGUAAGUCCCACUGAUUUCGAUGGGACCUUGUCUGGGUUUAGGAUUUGGGGUGGGGGGAGUGUUAGAAGAUUUCUUCUCAUGACCAAAUUUCUCACAGCUAACAUCUUUGCCCCUGUGGGGAGACUUAUGGGCCGGCGUAUCAGGGCUGUGUCUUCUCACUCCCACACCCCAGCCAAUUGACAGCUCUGUCAUUAGGAGGAGAAAGGUGUAUGUUUGUUUUUGAGGGGGAAAGCCUGGUGUGGAAGAGAAGAAUUACCCCUUUCUAAACCCCCCUCCCUUUGCCCAUCGAAAGAAAAGCAAUUCAGAUCCCCCCACCCUCUUCAGCUUCUCAGCAACCCGAUUAUUGGGAAAUGUAAUAUUUCUGCAUGGUUGGGUUUUUUUUAUAUAGAGCGAAUGGUUAAAUAUUUGCUGUGUUGAAUAAUUAUAUAAAUAUCUCUUUUCAAGUGUAAAGAAAAUUACAUUUUAAGAAGACAAGCUUAAGGGGAAGGACACUGAGAACCGAAUUCUUGCACUUUUGUAUGGAAAGCUCAGAUCGAUCCACACAACCCCAAAUAAAACCAGUGUUUCUCUUCCUGUUGUUGUUUAGUCGUUUAGUCGUGUCCGCCUCUUCGUGACCCCCUGGACCAGAGCACGCCAGGCACUCCUGUCUUCCACUGCCUCCCGCAGUUUGGUCAAACUCAUGCUGGUAGCUUCGAGAACACUGUCCAACCAUCUCGUCCUCUGUCGUCCCCUUCUCCUUGUGCCCUCCAUCUUUCCCAACAUCAGGGUCUUUUCCAGGGAGUCUUCUCUUCUCAUGAGGUGGCCAAAGUCUUGGAGCCUCAGCUUCAGGAUCUGUCCUUCCAGUGAGCACUCAGGGCUGAUUUCCUUAAGAAUGUAGAGGUUUGAUCUUCUUGCAGUCCAUGGGACUCUCAAGAGUCUCCUCCAGCACCAGAAUUCAAAACUAAUAAUUCAAAAUUCUCUUCCUAGCUGUGGGUUAUCAGCCAGAGUAUUUGGGAAUCGGAUUCUGAAGACGGCACAAUAACAUCAGAAGAACCUUGUAGGCCUGAGGUCUGGCUAGGCCAGCAUCCUGUUCACAUGGGGGGCAACCAGAUGUCCCAACGGGAAGCCCCACAAUCUGAACACAAAAGCUCUCCCAGCACUUGUGAUCCCUAGCGACUGGUCCUCAUUUUCACGAAAAAGGCUAAGGGCCCUUUGACGUGUGUUCUGCUCCCUCGCCGGUUCCAGCCCAGUACAGAAAUCACUGUAGAAUCUGGUUCCUAAAUCAAAAGUGCUCUGCCCCUCCCCAGCAAGGUUGGGAAAUGCAGAAACUGGUUUAUAAAAGCAUCACUGGGGGUGGAGUGGAGGGAGCAACUGCCCUAAGAGGAACGUGAUGGAUUUCCCUUCCUUUCGUCUUCGACUUGCGCUAUGCGGUUUGAAACUUUCCAGCCGUCGUAGAGCAAGUCUAUUUUUUUUCCACCCUACGAGACAUAAAAGUUAUUUGCCCCCCUCCCGCCACCAUGCCCAGCCCUGCAACACCCUACCCCCAGAUCCCUACUUACAGCUGGCAAUGGUUUUAAUUUGCAAUUUUUUCUCCCCCUCUUGGAAUUUGCAGCGGGGCAGAGAGGGAGAGAGGAGAUGAAAUGUUGCAGGAUUUUGCCUCCCCAUCUUUCUUGGGGGGUAGCGGGGGAUUUGUUUUGCUUUGCGUACGAGAUCUAAAAGUUCCGUGGAGACGCUCACUUAACAGCUACACCGUGCUGGGCCUCAGCUACAAAUAUUUGUGUAACAUAUGGUGCGUGAACUUGUAUAAUGUAUGGCUGGGAACACUCUGUCUUGCUAGCUAUCCGUCCAAAUCUAGGGGGGAAAUGUGUGUGCUGGGGGGGGGGGGAAGCAGCCGAAGGAUGGCCUUUACUGGUUUGCAGUUGACAUUGCUCACAAGACAUAAAUCACAGAACAGGAUGGAAGUGAGCUCCCCUCUGAACCCCCAAAUGAGCUCUUUGAAAUAACUGUGAUCCUAGCAGAAACGGUUUCUUAGAGCCACAUACUGCCUCCCCCCUCCUUUGAACGACUUCUCUCUCGUUUUUUCAGAAUUUGCUCUUCUUCUAGAACAUUACUUGGCACGUAGACCAAGCUUCCAAACUGCAAUUUUUGCAUGGAUUUUAAGUAUUGUGGAAUUGGGUUUUGUUUUUUGCACACACACACACACACACACACACACACACACACACGCGCGCGCGGCCCUUGCUGUUUUUAUUCACUGGGCGGGGAGUUCCCUUCACACAUGCAGGUUGAUAUCUUGUCGAUGCCACACUGUGGUGACUUUGAGGUGUGAACAUGUUGUGUCAUACGCCGCAUCCCAGACAGGACUUCUGCAGCCUUCACACUGCUUGACACACACACACACACACACACACACACACACACACACUGUUUGAUGGAGUCUGUCAGUUUACAAACUCGGCUUACAGGUCUCCAGCGCUGGUGGGCCAAGGCAGGGUCAGGGGAUGUAAGAGACGACAAACAGAUGCAUAAUAUGGGCAGACACAAUUCGUGAUUAUCGUUUUCUGGGUUCCCAUGUGUCUUCUACUGAACAAGAGCCUGCCUAUAGAGCCUCUCACAGCCAAGGCUGGGUCCUGGGGCCCAUAUGUGAAGUUGAGAUGGGGGAAAAGUGGGUCUCAGGGCAUAUGAAGAUGACUUUUUAUUUUUUAUUGUUUCCAACCGUCUCUCCAAUAAUUUUUGGUUUCAACAGGCUUUCCCGAAUGGGCAAAUGGGUCUUUACCACAAAUGUCCACUUGUUAAGAUUUUAGUCUUGCGUUAAAUAUAUGGGCAGAGUGUAAAAAAUAAAAUUGUUGCUGUUAUUAUUGUUGUUUUUCUGUUUUUGUCUUAUAUGCCUGGAGAUGGUGGUUUAGAAGGCAGUUAAUAAAUCAGUGAUGAUGGCAUUAAGAGAGCAGCAAUAUGGGUUUUCAGGUUAUGGGUUGUAUCCAAUGUCAAGUCUUAUUCAGAAUAAUCCACUGAAAUUGGGCAGCAUGACUAAGGCCCAUUAUUUUCAAUAAAUCUACUCUGAGUAGACCUUGGGUGGAGACAACCCUAUGACCCCCAGGCAGCAUUCCCACCGCUGCCUGGCUGAGGAAAGUAAAUAAUGAGAACCAAUGCAACUCCCCCCCCCCCAAUUUUCCAUGAAUUUUAAUGUACAGUAAUUUGUUUUUUCCUUUCAAAUGGUCUCUAACACCAAGGGCCCUUUUGCCUUACUUUAUGCUGGCAGCGUGGCUAGUCAGGAAAUGAGGGGAAAGCACGAGGCUCUGUAAGAAGAGCUUAUACUCUGAGCCUCCGACUCCUUUCCAAACCUGCUGUGUCCCAGUUUCUGUUCCGAGCUGAAACGUUGGCUGGUCUCUUUGGAUCUCCCACUCUGCUAGGCCCUAAACAUCUCCUCUUGUGUAACAGGCAUCCCUUAUUCCCGCUGCUGGCCCUGGUCUUUGAAAAAUGUGAGCUGGCAACCUGUUCUCCCAGGGACACUUCUGGCUCCUACCCGGGAGGAGACGUCUGCUCGUCGGAUUCCUUCAACGAAGACAUUGCCGUCUUUGCCAAACAGGUUGGUUUCUGGAGAACGAGAGGUGAUGGAGGGAGGGCAGAGCUGGGGAGUGCUUGGCAGUAGGAACGUGCAAAUAACUCUUCUCUAAGUUGUUGUUUAGUCGUGUCCGACUCUUCGUGACCCCAUGGACCAGAGCACGCCAGGCACUCCCAUCUUCCACUGCCUCCCGCAGUUUGGUCAAACUCAUGCUGGUAGCUUCGAGAACACUGUCCAACCAUCUCGUCCUCUGUCGUCCCCUUCUCCUUGUGCCUUCCAUCUUUCCCAAAAUCAGAGUCUUUUCCAGGGAGUCUUCUCUUCUCCUGAGGUGGCCAAAGUAUUGGAGCCUCAGCUUCAGGAUCUGUCCUUCCAGUGAGCACUCAGGGCUGAUUUCCUUCAGAAUGGAUAGGUUUGAUCUUCUUGCAGUCCAUGGGACUCUCAAGAGUCUCCUCCAGCACCAUAAUUCAAAAGCAUCCAUUCUUUGGUGAUCAGCCUUCUUUAUGGUCCAGCUCUCACUUCCAUACAUCACUACUGGGAAAACAUAGCUUUAACUAUACGGACCUUUAUUGGCAAGGUGAUGUCUCCACUUUUUAAGAUGCUGUCUAGGUUUGUCAUUGCUUUUCUCCCAAGAAGCAAGCGUCUUUUAAUUUCGUGACUGCUGUCACCAUCUGCAGUGCUCUCUAAGUUACCGCUCCUUAAAAAUGUUCCUUAGCCAAAUUGCCUACUUGUAUGUAUUUGUAAGGGACGCGGGUGGCGCUGUGGGUUAAACCACAGAGCCUAGGACUUGCCGAUCAGAAGGUCGGCGGUUUGAAUCCCCGUGAUGGGGUGAGCUCCCGUUGUUCGGUCCCUGCUCCUGCCAACGUAGCAGUUUGAAUGCACGUCAAAGUGCAAGCAGAUAACUAGGUACCACUCCGGUGGGAAGGUAAACGGUGUUUCCGUGUGCUGCUCUGGUUCGCCAGAAGCGGCUUAGUCAUGCUGGCCACAUGACCCGGAAGCUGUACACCGGCUCCCUCAGCCAAUAAAGCGAGAUGAGCGCCGCAACCCCAGAGUCGGCCACUACUGGACCUAAUGGUCAGGGGUCCCUUUACCUUUACUCUGUAUUUGUAGUCCUUUUUUAAAAUAAUAAUAAUAAUUCAGAGCCACGUUCUAGAAAAAGAUUCCUGACUUGGUUGUCCAAAGGCAGCUCUUAACUCACCAGAGGCAGUGGAGAGUCCUGUGGCUCCUUCAAAAUGACUUAUUUAUCAAGGCAAAAUUUCGAGACUUCAUGCAUCCAACAAACUGGAUUCUGGCCUGUGAAAGCUCAGGCCGCCAUAAAUUGGUUAGCCAUUUCUUAUUUUCAUUUCAUUUAACAAAGAGUUAUAUACUGUACUUGGCUCAAAGCUGUUUGCCCGAAAUGGUGUAAAAUGUUCGUUAAGAAAAACAAGCUUUUAAAACAGGAAGCAGGAUAAAAUGACCAAAUUGCAGAGAAAACCAACGGUUUAAAAAAAAUAAAUAUGCAUAAUAAAAUCACAUGUCUGGGUAGACUUGCCUAAACAAGGAGGAGGUUUUCAUUUUUAGCAGGCCAGCAUGGCCAGUGGUCAAGUUUGAUGAGAGUUGUAAUCCAACUGCUAGUGGCUUAAGGUAAGAAGUGAUUUUCAUUAGGACCAGGAUGCAGGAGAAAAGGGUUACACCCACCCACACCCAUGUGACUGUCCUGGUGGGGUUUCCUUGCCUACUGUUUCUCACUGAAAAGCAAUUGCCCAUGCAUAGCGCCAUACAUGUAGUCUGGCCUUAAAAAAAAUCCUCUGUAUUCUUUUAAUUGUAUGGAAAUUAGGGACAUUUAUAUUCUUUUAAUCCCACAUUUUUAUCGUCCUACUGCCUUUAUAUCUUUUCUGUUCUGGCAACCGGGGUGAAGCUCUGGCAAAGCGUGUAGCAGCGUUGGUAGGUUCCCGCAAGGUUUUGAGACGGGGACCUCUUCGAUUAAAAGUCCACCGUUGGGAUGAUUGCUCAGUUAACCAAUAUGAUGAAUCAAUGGAGGUCAAUUUCCCCCUCAUUUCGUUGGAAGGCGAACUCAAAGCCAAGAUGGAUCAAAUGAAUAGCCUAGAAUGGAACAACAAAAGUGUGUGUUUUUUGGGGGGUUGGGGAAAAGCAGGUUGUAAAGUCUGUAACGAGGUCUCUACACUUUAAAAGAAAAAGCUCUCUCAGGAGCAGAGAAUACAGAGUGGAGAAACAGCUUGGGGAGGAGGAAAGAGGAGUCUAACCCCUUUCUUCCUUUAUUGCAAUUAAAAAGGUAAAGGGACCCCUGGCCAUUAGGUCCAGUCGGGGCCGACUCUGGGGUUGCGGCGCUCAUCUCGCUUUACUGGCCGAGGGAGCCGGCAAACAGAUUCCAGGUCAUGUGGCCAGCAUGAAUAAGCCGCUUCUGGCAAUCCAGAGCAGCGCACGGAAACACCGUUUACCUUCCCGCCGGAGCGGUACCUAUUUAUCUACUUGCACGUUGGCUUGCUUUUGAACUGCUAGGUUGGCAGGAGCAGGGACCAAGCAACGGGAGCUCACCCCAUCGCGGGGAUUUGAACCACCAACCUUCUGAUCGGCAAAUCCUAGGCUCUGUGCUCUGCUCCAAAUCCCUGCCCCUAAGCAGCUCCUGUCCUUCUGGGUUCAAACAUUCAUGUUUGAAAUUCUUGCUGCUUACGGACAUCCUUUACACUGAGCAUUUGUUCUAAUAGGUUUGUGGGGAACUUAAGCAACGUUGCGUUCAGGGACGGAUUUAGGCUUGAUGAGGCCCUAAGCUACUGAAGGUAACGGGGCCCUUUAUAUGUCCAGCUGUCCUUUGUCAACAACAAAUUGUCGCUGCUUUUUUAUGUUGAAUAUAUGGUAAUUUAUAGACCUAAAGCCAUUUGCACAUAACAAAAUAUGUAUUUCAUCAAAAGUUAUUGUUGAACUGAAAUACAAUGAAGAAGAAGUAUAUUAAUAGUGAACUACAAUUAAGAAGAAAUAUAUUAAUAGUGAAAUAAUUAUUAAGCUCUAACUUAAAAUGAUUGGGGCCCCAUUACUUACAUCAUAAAGGUAAAGGGUAAAGGGACCCCUGACCAUUAGGUCCAGUUGUGACCGACUCUGGGGUUGCAGUGCUCAUCUCGCUUUAUUGGCCGAGGGAGCCGGCGUAAAGCUUCCAGGUCAUGUGGCCAGCAUGACUAAGCCACUUCUGGCGAACCAGACCAGCACCCGGAAACGCUGUUUACCUUCCAGCCGGAGCGGUACCUGUUUAUCUGCUUGCACUUUGAUGUGCUUUCGAACUGCUAGGUUGGCUGGAGCAGGGACCGAGCAACAGGAGCUCACCCCGUCACGGGGAUUCAAACCACUGACCAUCUGAUCAGCAAGUCCUAGGCUCUGUGGUUUAACCCACAGCGCCACCCGCGUCCCUCUACUUACAUCAUAGGAGCCUACAAAACACAAAAUACUGUUGCUGUAUGUAGGUUUUAUUUUAUUUUUAUCUUAUAUUUUGGAAAUGUACAUCCAGUUUUUUUUCCUUUAAUUUUUUUGGGGCCCCCCAAGAGAGUGGGGCCCUAAACUAUAGCUUGCUUAGCUUAUACGUAAAUCCGGCACUGGUUGCGUCCAGCACGUGUUAUCCCACCCUUUCCAGUACAUCUCCCUGCCAAGGGUGCGUCUGUAGUGUUGCUUUCACUAUAGGUCUGCUUCCACUACAUGGUGGCAAGUUCCGGAGGCACAAUCAGAGCUGAUUUGGCACCCUUGAUUUGGCACAAACCCACUUGCCCCCCUCCCAAAUCAGACUUUCUAGCGCAAGGAAUAAGCUCAGGCAGUGAGCACUGGAAACGGUGGGAUUCAAGUUGCAAGAAAAGGAGAUUCCGGCUCAACAUCAGGAAGUACCAUAUUUUUUGCUCUAUAAGCCUCACUUUGUCCCUCCUAAAAAGUAAGGGGAAAUGUGUGUGCGUCUUAUGGAGGGAAUGCAGGCUGCACAGCUAUCCCAGAAGCCAGAACAGGAAGAGGGAUUGCUGCGCAGUGAUCCCUCUUGCUGCUCUGGCUUCUGGGAUUCAGAAUAUUUUUUUUCUUGUUUUCCUCCUCCAAAAACUAAGUGCGUCUUGUGGUCUGGUGUGUCUUAUAGAGCGAAAAAUACGGUACUUUCUGACUGUAAGAGCUGUUUGACCAAGGAAUGGAAGGUAGUUGACUCUCCUUCCUUGGAAAUUUUUAAGCAGAGGUUGGAGGGCCAUCUGUCAAGAAUGCUAUGGUUGAGCUUUCAUUGAAGGGGUUUGGACUAGAUGAUUCUCUGGUCCCUUCCAACUCUAUUAUUCUAUGUUAAUGUCACCUAACCUCCCCUGGAAGCAAAUAAGAAUGAAUGCUUGAUAAACAGGUUGUCCAGAAGCUCUUAAAACCAAGCGAGUUUGUCGCAUGAGUGGUCCUCAUGAACUUUAGCUGUGUGACCUGAGUUUUAUGAUGUGAAGAAGAAGAAGAAGAAGAAGAAGAAGAAGAAGAAGAAGAGUUUGGAUUUGAUAUCCCACUUUAUCACUACCCUAGCGAGUCUCAAAGCGGCUAACAAUCUCCUUUCCCCUUCCUCCCCCACAACAAACACUCUGUGGGGUGAGUGGGGCUGAGAGACUUCAGAGAAGUGUGACUAGCCCAAGGUCACCCAGCAGCUGCAUGUGGAGGAGCGGGGAAGCGAACCCGGUUCCCCAGAUUACGAGUCCACCGCUCUUAACCACUACACCACACUGGCUCUCUUAAGCAGCAUAGAGAGCCAGUUGAAGUAAAAUAAACUGUGCAACCUGAAUUUGCCACGGCGUGAUGGAAUCCCAGUCUGGCCGUGCCCCCAAUGGGGAGAAAAGUCUUUGGGGAUAUUGGGGUGUGGGGGGCGGGCGGUGCAGGCAAGCAAACUGAUGCAGAGAAAUGGUGAGCCGAGAAAUGGUUAAAAAACUGGUUUUUCUCAGUUCUAAACCCCCCCUUUCUUCUUUUUUUAAAAGGCAUAAGGCUUAUAUGGGUUAGCAAUGUGCUGUUUGUCCUUGAGACGCAGCUGGGAAUUAGGAAAUUCCUUUUACUGGGAUUUAGCUCCCCCCCCCCCCCCGCCCUUGUAUCUUUUCAGCCAGUUGCCAGAACAACAAAAGGGGAAAUGGAGGAGUCCUCCUCACUUGCCGUCAUAAAAUAAAAUAAAAUAAAAUAAUAAAACGGUACUCCCAAGGUCAGCCUUUGCCAAGCUAGUGCCCUCCAGAUGUCUGGGAAUGACUGGGUCGGAUGGGAUUUGUAGUCCAAGCACAUCUGGAAGGCACUAGCAAGGCAAACUUCGCCUUAGGUGAGUAAACAACUUUUGCUCCAACCCCCAGACCUGCCCAAACUGAGCUUCACACACACAAACACACACACACACACACACACACACAUACACACACCCCUUUGCAGCUGCCUCUGGAUCUCCUCUUAAAGGUCCCACCCGGGUACCAGAAUUUUUGAUUCUCCAAGUUGGCGGAGCCCUGUCCCAGAACAGAGAGGAUGAGGCCAGACGCCUGGGUCUGUUUAGUGCCUUGAAAUUACCGUAUUUUUCGCUCUAUAACAUGCACACGACCAUAACACGCACGUAGUUUUUAGAGGAGGAAAAUCCGUAGGCAUGCCACCCGUAGGCAUUCCCUCCAUAACACGCACAGACAUUUCCCCUUACUUUCUAGGAGGAAAAAAGUGAGUGUUAUGGUACAAAAAAUACGGUAUUUACUGCCGCGAUUUCUCUCUCGUUUCUUAAAUGAGACAUGUGGAGGGGGGAAACUACACUUUUGCAUUUUGAUACAGGGAGGGGAAAUGUUGAGGAAUUUUAAAAGCACAGGGGGCUCCUGGGGUGGUGGGGGGGUGGAGAGAGGGAGGUUGCAAACUCUUGAAAGUGAAAUAUAUGUUCUCCUGCCAGCUGCUGCUCUCGGGGGACGAGAGUCACAUUUUUUUGCCGUUUCUUUACAGUUUCUGGGAAAUGAGAGAAACAGAUUUUUCAGUGAUGCGCAUCAAUUCCUUACAUUUCUCUCUAUCAUGUUUUCUCCUCCUGUACUAACGCUCCUUCUGUUUUCUUCUCUCCCCCCCCCUUCCCAUCCCGAAAUGCCCAUUUUUUAGGUUAGGACAGAAAAACCUUUAUUUUCUUCCAAUCCUGAGCUGGAUAACUUGGUAAGGACGCUUCUUUCUUUUCUCGUUUUAAGUUUUUAAACUGCAUUUCCCCUGUCUGUCCGUCUGCCAGCCUUGCCUACUCCGCAUAGGAGCAACGAGGUAUUUUCUCACAUUCACUUUUAGUAAUCACUUCUCCACACACACUUCCAUUCAGAGAAAGUGUAGUGUAGUGGCUAGAGUAUUGGUCCACGAUCCGGGAGACCAUGGUUCAAGGCCUCACUUGUCCAUGAAGGUCUUUGGGUGAAUCAUGGCUCCUCAGCCUUAUCCUACUUCACCAGAUUGUUGUGGGGAUUAAACGAGGAGGGGAAGAAGCAGGUACGCCCCCUCAAGUGCCUUGGAGGAAAAGCUGUUAUGUAAAGCCGAUGAAUCAAUUAACAUGUGUGCACCAUCCAGAUGUUGUUGCACUCCAGCUCCCAGCAGCCUCACCCACCCAUAGCUGUCAACGUUUCCCUUUUUUUUAAGGGAAAUUCCCUUACAGUGGUACCUCAGGUUAAGUACUUAAUUCGUUCCGGAGGUCUGUACUUAACCUGAAACUGUUCUUAACCUGAAGCACCACUUUAGCUAAUGGGGCCUCCUGCUGCUGCCACGCUGCCGGAGCACGAUUUCUGUUCUCAUCCUGAAGCAAAGUUCUUAACCUGAAGCACUAUGUCUGGGUUAGCGGAGUCUGUAACCUGAAGCGUAUGUAACCUGAAGUGUAUGUAACCUGAGGUACCACUGUAUUCCGAAUAGGAUUCCUUGCAAGAAAAGGGAAAAGUUGACAGCUGUGCACCAACCAUGGUCAGGGAUGAUGGGAGUUGUAGUCCCGCAACACAUGAAGGAUGAUGGGAGUACACACGAAGGGCGUCCGCCCAUCUUAGACACGCACCAUCAUUCCUUCACAACUUUACGCAAGUGGGACGCAAAUCUGGAUUCUGAAUAACUGGCCUGCCAAUGAUUCCACCAGUGACCCUCACUGCCUGCUAGCCAACUGGACACAACUUGGGUCCUUCCCGUUGAGGGUGAUGCAGAGGCCAGCGGCUUAGCAAAGCCAAGCGAAUAAAAUCCCUGGCUCCACAGUUGCUGCAGCCGUCGGUCUGCUAGGAAGUCUUAGGCAAGCUGCCGCCUCUCAGCCUUAACUAGGGUAGCCACGUGUCCUACAGGAUCAGGCCAAAGGGAACCCAUCCAGUCCGGUGUCUUGUUCUUGCUGUGGUCACCCAGAUGCCUGUGCAAGGAGGACCCCAACACAAGAGCAACUAGUAUUCAGAAGUAUUGCUUUCUGGCAAGUAGCCCAUAGCUGUCAACUUUGAAAAUAAGGGACCAGCAGCCAAAAUAAGGGAUUUUCCCAGCACAGGUAGGUUCAACUUCUGAGCCCCUCCGAGCCAAAGGCAGAAAGCCCAGCCAGCAGCCCAACGAAGCCUCAAGCGGUGGUUCCCACAGCGCAGCAACCCGGCAAAGGGGAUGCAGCAAGGAAAACCACCGUCACCUCUCCGCUGGGAGCAAAGGCGAGUCCCCAGGCAACGUGGCCGAUUUGAUCGGCACAAGGCAUGCAAGCUCCACCCCCUAGUCGUUCUUAGACUCCUUAUUGGGUGAGCAACGCAGCCAAGCAACACAGUUGGAGCCUCCCUCCUCCCUGGCCGGCAGGCAGGGAGGGAGAGGAGCUGCUUCCUUUGAAAUCCGGGAAAUUUAAGGGACAUCAUCAAUAAGGGACAGCAGCGGGACAUGGCGCUGGGAUAAGGGACUUUCCCGCCAAAUAAGGGACGGUUGACAGCUAUGCAAGUAGCCAUGGAUGGCUUUCUCCUCCUUUACAAAAGAGAGUCUCUAUUUGAAAGGCUUUCUGGUCCAACCCCAGCUUAGAGAAAAAUAACUCUAAGAAGGAAGAGGCCUCGAAGAUGCCCGCCCACAGUUAGCAACACCUGGCCAGCAGACUGAGCAGGCCCACAGCUCACCUGGUUACAGUCUUCCUCACUCUGGUGAGAUGCUUUCAUUUCAUUUCCAGCCCAGGUUUCCACCAAAGAGCUCAAGGUGGCGUACGUGGUUCUCUUCCUCCUCGUUUUAUCCUCUCAACAGCCUUGUGAGGUAGGCUAGGAUGAGAGACAGUGACUGGCCCAAGGCCACCCUGUGAAUUUCACGGCUGAGCAGGGAUUUGAACCCUGCUCUUCCAGGUCCUCAUCUACUAUUCUAACCACAACAUUAUAGUUAUUACUCAUAAACAGGUAUCUCCAUAUCAAUUGACAGUUGCGGAAUUUAUUUCCGCCUCCCCCUUUUUUGUGGCGCAUCUCCUCCUUUCCAGCGACACAAACGUGGCCGACCUGCUAACCGCACCCAGGUUCCCGGAAGGAUGUGUUUGCCACAGCAGAUGAGACGGGUGACACUUUCCAAAGGAUUGACUGUAGUGCCUUUACACGGGUUAACUCUGAACACGGAUUUAAGAAGUCGUUUGCCUCAGUCCAUGCAGGUUUCCUUCAGAAGGAAGCCAGAUUCUUCAGUGAGACUUACUCUGUGUACUAUAUGUACAUAAUAAGCUAGCGCACCAGCGGCACCCCUUGCUUGAGAUACAGUAAUCCCACAACUUACACGGGCGUUAUGUUCCGGGGAUCAUGCCUAAAGUCAAAAUUGUGCAUGGUCAGAGCACAUCGGGUGCAAUGGCGGGUGGGAUUGCCAGAAUAUUUUCUCAUGGAUACCCACUGGCAUUCUAAUUUUAAAAUAUAUUUUUAAAUGAUGAUGAUGAUGAUGAUGAUAAUUUUUAUUUAUACUCCGCCCUCCCCAGCCAAGACCGGGCUCAGGGCGGCUAACAACCAAUAAUAAAAACAAGUUGAUUGAAAUACAACUUAAAAAACAAGAUUAAAAUACAACAUUAAAACAUUAAAAUGCAGCCUCAUCACAGGAGGAGAAAGGAAAAAAGAAAGAGGGGGAGGGAAUCAAACUGUCUUACAGGCCCUGCGGAAAGAAAUCAGAUCCUGCAGGGCCCUGGUCUCAUGAGACAGAGCGUUCCACCAGGCCCGGGGCCAGUGUUGAAAAGGCCCUGUCUCUGGUUGAGGCUAACUUCCGUAGGGCCCGGGACCUCUAGGGUGUUUCUAUUUAUGGACCUUAAGGUCCUCCGUGGGGCAUACCGGGAGAGGCGGCCCCGUAGGUACGAGGGUCCUAGGCCGUGAAAGCUGAAUGUGCACACAGGGCCGUAUUACCCAUAGGCACUAGGGGUGCGGGGCACCUGGGCAAGUUCGGGGGCGACCGAGCCAAUGAGACGCUGAGGCAGCUGGCCGGCUCCGCCCUCCUGCGCACCUGGGACUGGGCAACCUGGGGAGGGAGGCGCCGGGUGGAUUUUUGCACCCCGGUGCUGCAUAUGCUUAAGACAGCCCUGUGUGCACAAGAUACACCAAAGUUGAGGGUUUAGUGUAUCUGAUUUGGCCACAGUGACACAGGCCUAAGUUACAUCCCAUUGGAAUGACUGUAACAUGCUCUAUAUGGGGCUGCCUUUGAAAAAUGCUCAGAAACCUCAACCGGCUCAAAGAACGGCAGCCAGAUUGUUGACCAGGGCCUGUUAGAGGGAGCAGACGACCCCUUGCUGGAACAGUUCCACCAACUACCAGUCUGUUUCCAGGCACAGUUCAAAGUGCUGGUUAUGAUCUAUACACCAUGUAGGCCCAAACUCUCUGAAAGACCGUAUUCUCUCAUACGAACCUGCCUGGGUUUUGCGAUCUUGAGGGGAGGCCCUUCUCUCCAUCCUGCCAUCCUCACAGGAAGGCCUAGUGGGGACAUGGGACAGGGCCUCCUCAGUGGCUGCUCCCAGACUUUGGAGUUAUCUCCCUAAAUAAGUUCGCCUGGCUCCCUCCUUGUUGUCGUUCCAUUGGCAGGUGAAGACCUUUUUGCUCCAACAAGCUUUUGGGAAUCGACUGCUUUUAGUUAACGGGCUGGUGGCAUGCUGUUUUCAUUGUAAAUAUUGGUGUAUUUAUAAACAGAUUUAAUAUAUGCAUAUAGUUUUAAUUCUAUCAAUGUUUAAUUGCUUUUUAAUGUUGGAUUAUUCUAUGUUUUCAGCAGCUCUUGAUUUUAUCUGUAAGCCGCCUUGACUCCUGUCAGGGAAAACGGCAAACUGAAACAACAGCAAUAUCACAGUCUAAGAAAAGUAAUACAGUCACCAAUCUUUAGCAACAACUUAUUUUUCUCUCUCUUUAUAAUUGCAGAUGAUCCAAGCUAUUCAAGUUCUGAGAUUCCACCUUCUGGAAUUAGAAAAGGUACAGAUGUUUGCUUUGCUUUGCAAUUUCUUUUAUCCUUUUCCCACCCGCAAACCCUACACCCCCCCCUCAAAAAACACCCCCAGUCUUAGCAAUUUGGAAACUAGGCAGAAGGACAUGAUUGACCCCUGCUUUAUUAGUGGCAUCCCUGAUUGGGAAAGAGCUGUGGUUUCCUACAAUAACUGCUGAAACCAAAUGUUGGGCAAAAUCAAGUUUGCUGAGAAGUCAAGUUGUGGUCAAUAUGUCUUCCUUGCUGCAGCUAGUUUAGAAUCCUGCACUGAAGAAAGUUGGAUUUUGAAACCUGCAUGAAUUAGGUAGAUUGAACCAUUAUAAGUUUUUACAUGCGUUCUCUGACUUCUGUAUAAAUCAUGUUGUGCAUGCUCUAGUUAACUCCCGCUUGGACUACUGCAAUGCACUCUACAUGGGGCUACCUUUGAAGGUGACCUGGAAAUUGCAAUUAAUCCAGAAUGCGGCAGCUAGACUGGUGACUGGGAGCGGCCGCCGAGACCAUAUAACACCAGUCCUGAGAGAUCUGCAUUGGCUCCCAGCAUGUUUCCGAGCACAAUUCAAAGUGUUGGUGCUGACCUUUAAAGCCCUGAAUGGCCUCGGUCCAGUAUACCUGAAGGAGCGUCUCCACCCCCAUCAUUCAGCCCGGACACUGAGGUCCAGCGCCGAGGGCCUUCUGGCGGUUCCCUCAUUGCGAGAAGUGAGGUUACAGGGAACCAGACAGAGGGCCUUCUCGGUAGUGGCGCCCGCCCUGUGGAACACCCUCCCAGCAGUUGUGAAGGAAAUAAGCAGCUAUCCUAUCUUUAAAAGACAUCUGAAGGCAGCCCUGUUCAGGGAAGUUUUUUAUAUUUAAUGCUGUAUUGUUUUUAACAUUUGAUUGGGAGCUGCCCAGAGUGGCUGGGGAGACUCAGCCAGAUGGGUGCGGUAUAAAUAAUAACUUCUUCUUCUUCUUCUUCUUCUUCUUCUUCUUCUUCUUCUUCUUCUUCUUCUUCUUCUUCUUCUUCUUCUCAUUCUGACAUGUUUGCCAUUUCACAUGACUUGUUUUGGUUCUGCUGAUAUCCUGCCCCAACCCUUUAGAAAACGUUAACUGAGGCCCACCUCCCAGUACCUGAGACUUCAGGCAUUGCCCACACACCUCCAGGCAUAUCAUGAGGGAAAGAAACUUGUCUUUAUAAAAGGAAAGUUGAUGGUGGGGAGGGGGAGUUGAGGUCCUCCACCGCAGAAUUCUCAGUCUCAUGGUGCAAGAUCUCACAUAUUUCUUCUGUCCUUCUGCAAAACUAGUUUUCAUAUAGCUCCAAGUAAAGCCUGAGGUGGUCCCUGGGAAAAAUGAAAGGGUGAAAAAUCCCACUAUCUCAAAGUAUAGGAUUCUUUUAAAAAAAAACACAAAUCAAAAUCCAAGUUAUCCUCCAGCAAAAAGAAAAAGAAAGAAGUUUGCAAAUAAUUUCCCUUUCUCACAAGCGGCAGCAACAGCUGUCUCCAAUUUUGAAGUAUUUCCUCAUAUGGGAGUGAGAAGGGGAGAAGUUUUAAAAAUAGACUCAGAGUCCAGUUCUCCAUUAUGUUUUUACGGCACCAGAACUCAUAGGUUUUCAGAUAAAUGCUAACCUAGCGAUGCCCCCCACCCAUUCAUACUGAUCCCGAGAGGGUUGGCUAAAGAAUACAGAAACGGCGUCUCUCUGUGUGUAUCUUGUAGGUUUUGUGGCUCGAUCCACAAAUCUCCUGGCCACCACAAUGCUCAGGUUUUCAUCCCACAGCUGCCCAUUUCUGAGCUAGGCAUACAUGCCCAGGACAGGUUACGAGACUUCAGAUCUGAGCUAUCGAGCCACUAUAUUUAGCAAAGCCACUCUGGCCUUGUCAAUGGAAGCCACUUCAGUUUAGUGGCUCCGGUUUCGCAAACCUCAUCCCAGGGCCCCGGUCCUGCAGCGGAGCUGAGAAGAGCUGGCUGGCUGGCUGGCUAGGUCGCCACGAGGCACUUUGCCAUGCGGCUCAGCUCCUACGCAGCUCCCCUUUUGCUUUGAUCUCGCGGCUUCCAGCUCCACGUUGACAGCUUCAAUUGUUCUAGGCAAACGUAACUGAAGGCGAAGCUGCAGAAAGGCAUCCAGCGAGAUCACACUGGGAAGCUGAGGGAAGGAGGGUGUUGGCAGAGACAUCUUUCUGCCCGCUGCUGCCCAUCACCUUUGGCCCGGCCAACAUGGUGCCCUGUAAAUAUUUUGGGCUACAGCUAGAGUGCGCCAGGUUGGCAUAGCCUGACAAGACAGAAGUACUGUUUUUGAGGGGACAGGAGGCGGGUGGGUGUGGAGGAUUCCCUGGUCCUGAAUGGGGUAACUGUGCCCCUGAAGGACCAGGUGCGCAGCCUGGGAGUCAUUUUGGACUCACAGCUGUCCAUGGAGGCGCAGGUCAAUUCUGUGUCCAGGGCGGCUGUCUACCAGCUCCACCUGGUACGCAGGAUGAGACCCUACCUGCCCACAGAUUGUCUUGCCAGAGUGGUGCAUGCUCUGGUUAUCUCCCGCUUGGACUACUGCAACGCGCUCUACGUGGGGCUCCCUUUGAAGGUGACCCGGAAACUGCAAUUAAUCCAGAAUGCGGCUGCUAGACUGGUGACUGGAGUGGCCGCUGGGACCACAUAACACCGAUCCUGAGAGAUCUGCAUCCCAGUACGUUUCCGAGCACAAUUCAAAGUGUUGGUGCUGAUUUUUAAAGCCCUAAACGGCCUCGGUCCUGUAUACCUGAAGAAGGCUGCCCUGUUUUGGGAAGUUUUUAAUAUUUAAUGUUGUAUUGUUUUUAACACUCGAUUAGAAGCUGCCCAGAGUGGCUAGGGAAACUCAGCCAGAUGGGGGGGUAUAAAUAAUAAAUUAUUAUUAUAAUAUUAUUAUUAUUAUUAUAGCCUGUCUAUAUAUCCUGGCGAGGUCUGGCCCAGAAACAAGUGUAUGGGGUGCAUGUUGCUUAUGCGUUUAAGUUCAGAAGAAGCUGGGUUCAUCAGAGGUUGUUGCCUAGCAACCGCUCCAUUAGAGCGAUACCUUGGACCAGUGUCUUGGGCCUCCUGCGUUCAGAAAUUCGGAUAUGGGUGGUUGAUGUCACAGUACUUAAGAUCACAGGCUGUUUGUACUGGUGUGUCAGCCCAGUUAGAAUUGCAUCCUUUGGAAGAUAAAGAAGUGUAAGCCAGUGAGAUUAUUUGAUUGAAGUUAGCUGUGUCUAUUAAUUUCAGUGGGUCUACUCUGAGCAGGACUAACGUUGGAUGCAACCUUUUGGGUCUUCCCUGCAAGAGACAGGCCAUGCUCCUUGGCUUAGGCUCACGUCCAAACUGGGGACCGUUGUUCGUUUUGCUCUAACAAACCACGGCCAGUAAGCCAAGGACAAACCUUGGCUACAGAUCAGAGUUCCUUGGAAGGGAAACAAACCACAAUCCCUGAUUUGGAUGUAAUGCUAAGAUAGGGAUCGUGGCUUGUGUCUGUCCAGCGCUAGCAGAAGGGCGGGCAGAAAAAACACAACUGGAUUGUGGUUGGUAAGCUUACUGUGACUUGACAGGGCCUUUUCGGUGAUGGUUUCCAGGUGUGGAACACCUUUCCUGGCAAGGUACACCUGUCUCCCUCACUGUUGAGAAAGUUAAAAAUAUUCCUGUUUACCCAAGAUAAUAAAUAAUAGAUAAUAAAUAAAUGUGGCCUCAGAAAGCUAGCAAGUCAGGGGGACGGACGGACUAGACUAUAACCCUUCUCCCUGACGUGAUCAACUUCCAUGUGAAACCUGAAAGUUUAUCUUUACGAAAACAGAACAGUCCUUUCACCUAGAAAUCUAACACAUCAGGGACAUGUCUCCUCCCUGACACUCUAGCUUUCGAGAUACAGGCUGCCCACCUCUUUGAGUUAUUUGGGGGGCCCUGGAAAAGAGUGGGUGUCAAGUCUACCCCCCUUUAACCAGCCCAAACCCACAUGUGAAAACCCCACUGGUUGCCACUACAGGUGGGGCAUGGGGCUGUGUGUGUGUGUGUGUGUGUGGAAAUAAAGGCACGCUCUUUGAUAGGGUAAUGAGCUCGUUAGCCACGCAGUAAAACUCAGUGUUUGUAACCUGAUAAAUCCCUUGUUCAUGUAAUUAACCCUUUGAUUCACGCAGAGGGCACCUGCUGGGAAGCGGCAGACUCUAGAAGCUGGGGUUUAAUUCUUUGUCCUGGGGAAAGGGGUGUUUCUGAGUUCAGAAGAGGGAGAAGGGGGUCGGUGAUGCUCUGCUGGGUCAGAGACAAGGCUGUGGGGAGGCAGCCCCAUUCAGCCACCACUGAAGUCUCUUAGAUCUCUGACAUGCUAACAUUAAGGGGGUCCCAAAAAUUCGCUAGGCAGUUACCAGAUCUAGACCGGCUUAGUUUCAGCAAGGUGCUGGCUUCACGUACCUUCAGAAUAAGCCCUGGUCUGCGGCCUGUUUAUUAAAAACAAAAGCCCUGCCAAGAUUCUAGAGCCUAAUACUUCAAGAGGAGUUUGAAAGGGGCAAUGGGGCAUUUAUUUAUUCAUGUUAAAGCAGUCAUAAACCACUCAGCAUUUCAAGAAUCUCCCAGUCUAAAAAACGAACAAAUAUACAGUGGUACCUCGGGUUAAGUACUUAAUUCAUUCCGGAGGUCCAUUCUUAACCUGAAACUGUUCUUAACCUGAAGCACCACUUUAACUAAUGGGGCCUCCUGCUGCCACCGCGCCACCAGAGCCCGAUUUCUGUUCUUAUCCUGAAGCAAAGUUUUUAACCUGAAGCACUAUUUCUGGGUUAGCGGAGUCUGUAACCUGAAGUGUCUGUAACCUGAGGUACCACUGUACUGUUAAAGCAAAUGAAAUGAUAAUGAAAUAAUAAGACUGAACUUUACAAAACCCACACAUAUAUAAACAGGAACAAAAACGGAGCCUGAUAAAACAGCAAUAUAAAAGCACAGAAAAGCGAAUAAAACAGAAAUUCAGAGGACUCAAAAACAUGUAAAAUGGGGGCUUUUCUUAUGGGGCAGGGAAAUCCUGGGCAUAUAAAUAUAUCCUCUGCUUCCUGCUCUUGAACCAGUUACUGAUGCAGGAACGGAUCUUAUCUGUUAUGCCAUCAUUAGAAAGGAAAAAGUCCAUAUCUUGCCCCCCCUUCCCUGAGUUCUUGGUUGCUUCCAGAACUCCUGAAUGUUCAGGUAGAAUACUUACCAGCUGGAAAUUCCUGGCUUUUAAACCAGCCACUCCUGUCUACUCUUUCAUUUUCACUUUUUUCUUUCUUUUUGGCAGGUACAUGACCUCUGUGACAAUUUCUGCCACCGCUACAUCACUUGCCUCAAGGGGAAGAUGCCCAUUGACUUGGUCAUCGACGACAGAGACGGGGGCUCGAAAUCCGACCUGGAAGAUUUUGGCGGCUCCUGCGCCAGCCUCUCCGAUCAGGUAGGACACCUGCGGGGCAUGAGCUUCGGGCAGCAAGCCCUGGCUGCAGCCAAACCGUUUGCCUGCUGCAAUCAUAAUUUGACUUUAAGAAAAAGGAGGCACGUUUUCAAGGAGUUUUCUGCCGACCUGGAAAUUUGCAAAUGUAGAUUCUCAGGUGCGUGUCUGAAUGUUGCGCUUGUGAUCAGCGGCAUCAACUAUAAUGCAAAGUCAACUAUAUUGCAAAAUGUUUUAUAGGAAAAGUGGAGUGGUGUGAGGAUCUCCCAGUGCCAUUUCCAUGCACAACUCUACGUUGAUGCAAAGCAUCAUUUGUGAGUUUGGGAUGCUUACCUGCAAUAGCUCAGGGGUUAAAAGUGCUGAAGGUUCAAUCUUUAGCAUCUUCAGGUAGGACUGAGAGGUGUGGGAAUGUUCAGGGUGACAAGAGAGGAUAUAUUGAUUCUUAAUAUCCUUCUAACUUGCGCUAUGUGAUGGCCUGGGAUUCGGACUCAGAGGCUGAACCUGAGGAAUCCCAGCCUGCACAGGAUUCCCCGCCUCCAGAACCAGCUGAGCUGGGGCUGGGGCAUGAGCCUGAAGGGUCCUCACCUGUGCGGGAUCCUCAGGUGCAGGCAUCAGCUGAGUCUGCUCUGGCUCCUGAGGUGAUGGAGGACCCAUUGCCUGCAGGUGCUCCACUCUCAGCCCCGUCAGAGGAAGCUGAGGUUGCCUCUGGGUCCGGUAACCCUCCAGCCUCUCCUGAGCUGCAGAGGCUCAGGGCAGAGAGGAGCAGGGAACUAAGUUCCCGCAGGAGGAGUGCUCGCCUCCAGGCCAGGAGAGGCGAGUCACCAGAGGAUCGGGGCCGCCCUAUGCCUCGGGGCACACAAAAGCCGGUCAGCCCAGUCCCAAGUUGCGGGAGCAACAUUGAUGGUAGCCUGUUCCUGCCUGCACCCUGUCCUGCUUUUCUGCCGGAGCUCCUGACCUCACCCAACUCCCUGCCUUGGACCCAGCUUCAGCUCUGUCGGACUGCCUGCAUACUGCAACCUCGACCUCAUGGUUAGCCCACGGGACCAGCACACGCUAGCAAGUUCCUUUACUUAGCAGAGUUUACAUUCCCCUUUUUACACGCACAGCAGAUAGCUGGCUGCAGGCUUGUGUAAGCCUCUCACAUUACCUGUCUCAGAUUGUAUUGUACGUUCCUGGUAAGUUCCCUUGAAUCCCUCUUAAAAGAAUAAAGACACCACAAUCUUAUUCAAAGUCAAUAAAAUAAGUUUACUUACAUCAGUUCACAGUUGGAUCCCUGAAGGCAGACUUAGUUACAAAUAUGUACAUGAGGAUCUACCCCAUAUGGGGAUUAAUCCCAGUGCUUCUGCUAGCUGAGAGCAGUCCUAGCUAGAAGCUGGUCAAACGAAGAAGGAAGUGAAAAAGAGAGAGGUGUGCUGCGUGACUCGUCCUUUUGUUACCUGGACAGGUUAGGUCACGCCCACCUUCUAUCACAUGCAAAAGGAAGGAUGGUCCAGCCAGGAGGAACAGGAAGUUUCAACUGGCUGGACCAAACAUCCCUUUGCAUGUCCACUCUAGGAAGACAAGGAAUGUUGUAUUUGACUGCUCCCAGUGGAUUACAUCCCACAAGAUGGACCCUUAUCUGGAACCAUGGAAAGCCAGUGUAGACAAUAAUGUGCUACAUGGACCAAUGGUUGGACUCGCAAUACAGCAAAUUCCUAUUUUCCCAAUAGCCAAUGUGCAAUUGGGGUAACAGCAGGAUUUUCCAGAUCGUUAUUUCACAUUGCAAUUUGGGAUGCUAGAGUUCUUGUGCUAGUUAAAGAGGAUAGUGAUCUGGCUUAAUGCUAUAUACUUCAUUUAUUUCCUUUUUUAUAUAUAUACAAUAGCACAUAGCUCUUUUCCUCCUGUGGAAACAACCCUUUAUAAUUAGUUAUUUAUUACCAUUAGCUGCGCCGCCUUUUUGUGAUGAAAUUUUAAGCCCAUGUUCGCCGUUUUCUCUGCUCUUUCGACAUGCUGGAAUUCUGUUCUUCCCAUCCCUGAAAAGGGCAGGUUGAAACAAUCACUUUAAUAAAUAAGUAAUCCAUCAUGCGACCUUGUGUUUUCUUACCAUUUCUGACCGACUUGCUUGGGUCAGCUUUCUUUACGCUGGGCAAGAGUUAUAAGAAAUCUUUUCUGGCCUCACUGUGCUCCCCUUUUUCUUUCUGAGAGUUAAUGGCAACUUUUCAGAACCCAGUUGUUGUAUUGGGGACAUAAAAUUUGCUGCUGCAAUGAUGUGAUCCCACCCUCUUCAGUUUAGGAAAUGAUAUCCGCAGAUAUUUCUUGUGCAGCUGUUUCUUCCAAACAUAUUGAGUUCAGAAGAGUCCCUUCUAGUCUUAAAUCCUGCUCUUAUCCAGGGCCUGCUAUUUUGUGCGUGAAAGUGUGGCGAUCCUUACCUAACCUGCUUUCUCUGCUGGGAGACCUGGCAAAUAUGCCCAAUCUACUGCUUCAGUCUGUUACACGUGCUACAUAAUACUCAUUCUGCUUUUGCAAGAAACUACAGCUAAUCCAGAAUAUAGCGGCCAGACUGGUGACUGGGAGCAGCUGCUGCGACCACGUAACACCUGUCCUAAAUGAUCUACAUUAACUCCCAGUAAGUUUCCAAGCACAACAUAAAGGUUUGGUGCUGAUCUUUAAGGCCCUAAACGGCCUUGGCCCAGUACAGUCAAACCUCGGUUCUCAAACGGCUCCAUUUUUGAACAUUUCGGCUCCCGUAUGCCAAAAACUCAGAAGUAAAUGCUCCGGUUUUUGAAUGUUUUUCGGAACCUGAACAUCUGUCUGAGUACAAGAAGCUCUUGCAACCAAUCAGAAGCUGCGCCUUGGUUGUCGAACGGUCUUCCGGAACGGAUUACAUUCGACAACUGAGAUUUGACUGUCUACCUGAAGGAGUGUCUCCAUCCCCAUCAUUCAGCCCGGACGCUGAGGUCCAGCUCCGAGGGCCUUCUGGCGGUUCCUUCCCUGCAAGAAGAAGGUUACAGGGAACCAGGCAGAGGGCCUUCUCGGUGGUGGCGCCCGCCCUGUGGAACGCCCUCCCAGCAGAUGUCAAGGAAAUAAAUAACUAUCUGACUUUUAAAAGACAUCUGAAGGCAGCCCUGUUUAGGGACAUUUUUAAGGUUUGAUGUUCUGUUGUGUUUUUUAUAUUUUGCUGGAAGCUGCCUAGAGUGGCUGGGGCAACCUAGUCAGAUGAGAGGCAAAUAAAUAAUAAAAUUAUUAUUCUUAUAGGCAGGGCCAAAGCAAAUGUGGGGGGUGCCAACCUCCUCCCUGUUUUCCUCUCCACCCAACAGACUGCCAGACUAGGGAACAGCUCACUUUCGCCACAGAUCUGAAGUGACCACUUGCAGAGAGACUGCCCUUGGAAUCAGGCCAUACCGAAUUAGGCCAAGGGUCUCCAUCUUGCCCACAGACCACCGAUGACUCCCCAAUGUUUCGGACAGUUCACAGCUCUAGCUGGAGUUUCAAGGGUGCGAACCUUUUGCCUGCAAGUGCGCGUUUUGCCGCGCGGCGAUAAUUUUUGCCGAGGCAGACGGAGGCGCAGAAAUAACACUUGGAUAUCCUCAGGCUACCCAGCUUCACAUAAAGCAUUUUGAAAUAUAGCUGACUUUGGGAUCCCUCCCUGCACCCCACACCCCCUGUCCCGUCCCACAACAGGUUUAGCUGGCUUCUGCUUGCUUCAAAAAGCCAUUUGAUCGGCAGGGAGAAAGGAAUGGUCUGUUUGCAUCCUACAAAAUCGAGCUUAUCUCUCAAGCCGCGUUCCGCUCUUUUUGUUGUUGUUUAGUCGUUUAGUCGUGUCCGACUCUUCGUGACCUCCUGGACCAGAGCACGCCAGGCACUCCUGUCUUCCACUGCCUCCCGCAGUUUGGUCAAACUCAUGUUUGUAGCUUCGAGAACACUGUCCAACCAGCUCGUCCUCUGUCGUCCCCUUCUCCUUGUGCCCUCCAUCUUUCCCAACAUCAGGGUCUUUUCCAGGGAGUCUUCUCUUCUCAUGAGGUGGCCAAAGUAUUGGAGCCUCAGCUUCAGGAUCUGUCCUUCCAGUGAGCACUCAGGGCUGAUUUCCUUCAGAAUGGAGAGGUUUGAUCUUCUUGCAGUCCAUGGGACUCUCAAGAGUCUCCUCCAGCACCAUAAUUCAAAAGCAUCCAUUCUUCGGCGAUCAGCCUUCUUUAUGGUCCAGCUCUCACUUCCAUACAUCCGCUCUUUUUGGUCUACCUUAAUUUGGGGGGGAAGUGAUUAAUAAUGGUGUAAAAUAAAUAUAACCCCUCCUCUCCCAGCCCGUAUGGCUACUCUCGCCCCUUCCCCUGUAAGGGAAGUGGGGGAGGAGGGGGACCCAGAUCUCCUUGCAACAUUCAUGAGUUUGAAAGAAAAGGGUCCUACAUUUGGAAAAUAAUUACCCCUGACAGUUAGCUGGUAAUGAAGGAGACGUGGUCGCUUCUUGCACUGCCCCUGAUCUCUCCCUUCCCUUCCCCUCCCCGCCCCGCCAACUUUUUCAUUUUUUCCCAAGCCCCGCUAAUGCAGUCAACACAUUCAUUUGCCUAUAGCAACUUCCUUGCAUUUUUAAUGUGCCCCGGGGCUAUCGGGCUGGAAGCUUCGCAGAGUGGAGGGUUUUUUUUGGGGGGGGGGUGGCGCAAGCAGACGGGGGGGGGAGGAGGCUAAUUCUAGCAACAUCCGCAGCCCAGCAUCUGAGGACCUUUCUUAGCUGUUCAUCUCCUCUUCCACACUGAACAUGAAGGGGAAAGAAAGUCGGUGUUGGAUGGAGAUCAGCCUUCUCCCAUCUCCAACGACUGCCUAAGGGGGCCUGUAAGAGAGGCCUGGUGGCCUGCCCCUGUUUUUCCACCCCAUGCCCCGCUUUAUCGCAGGUACACUGCGCCUCUACAUGGAGGUUCUGAUUAAUAAUAAUAAUAAUAAUAAUAAUAAUAAUAAUAAUACAGUGGUACCUCGGGUUACCUACGCUUCAGGUUACAUACGCUUCAGGUUACAGACUCCGCUAACCCAGAAACAGUGCUUCAGGUUAAGAACUUUGCUUCAGGGUGAGAACAGAAAUCGUGCUCUGGUGGCGCGGCAGCAGCAGGAGGCCCCAUUAGCUAAAGUGGCGCUUCAGGUUAAGAACAGUUUCAGGUUAAGUACGGACCUCCGGAACAAAUUAAGUACAGAGGUACCUCUGUAAUAAUAAUAAUAAAUUUUAUUUAUACCCCGCCCUCCCUGGCCAGAGCCGGGCUCAGGGCGGCUAACACCAAUAAAAUCACAGUAAAAACGUAAUAGGGGAAAAAAUAAACAAUUUAAAAUACAGGUUAAAAUGCAAUUUAAAAUACAUUAGCUGUUGCAUUUGAGGGCUUUCAAUAUGUGCCUAACCUCCCCCUUAUUUUAUUUUUUUAAAAAACAAGUCAUCUGAAUUUCCCAUUUUUACCCUUUGACACUGAAGGCGUCUAUAUUUAGACCCGCCCUGUUCUCCCAAUUGUAAAUUGCUAGGGCUAAUUUUAAUACUGCAUUAUUACUGUAUUAUUAUUUUUACACCUGCAGUGGGUUCUUCUGAUGAAGGGCAGGUAAGAAGUGCGCUUUGGGUGGGCCUGCAUGGCGCGUAACGUUUGCCUGGCUUUUACCCGGGGCCCAGCCUUGACAGGGGCAGGCCCCGCCCUGUGGAACUCCUUGCCAGUAGAAGUUUGGCAGGAGCGAUCCCUACCCUUUUUUUUUAAUGCCUUCUAAAAAUGGUAUUAUUUAGACGUGCCUUUCAAAACCUGAGAUUCUUACUGCAGCACUGUGUGUUAUCUUCUUGUAUGAAAGUGUGAUUUUUAAUACAGUGGUACCUUGGGUUAAGUACUUAAUUCAUUCUGGAGGGUCCGUUCUUAACCUGAAACUGUUCUUAACCUGAAGCACCACUUUAGCUAAUGGGGCCUCCCGCUGCUGCCGCGUCGCUAGAGCACGAUUUCUGUUCUUAUCCUGAAGCAAAGUUCUUCACCUGGAGCACUAUUUCUGGGUUAGUGGAGUCUGUAACCUGAAGCGUAUGUAACCUGGCUUGAGAGCAGUACAUGUGAAAAGGAUCUAGGAGUCUUGGUUGACCACAAACUUGACAUGAGCCAACAGUGUGACGCGGCAGCUAAAAAAGCCAAUGCAAUUCUGGGCUGCAUCAAUAGGAGUAUAGCAUCUAGAUCAAGGGAAGUAAUAGUGCCACUGUAUUCUGCUCUGGUCAGACCUCACCUGGAGUACUGUGUCCAGUUCUGGGCACCACAGUUCAAGAAGGACACUGACAAACUGGAACGUGUCCAGAGGAGGGCAACCAAAAUGGUCCAAGGCCUGGAAACGAUGCCUUAUGAGGAACGGCUAAGAGAGCUGGGCAUGUUUAGCCUGGAGAAGAGGAGGUUAAGGGGUGAUAUGAUAGCCAUGUUCAAAUAUAUAAAAGGAUGUCACAUAGAGGAGGGAGAAAGGUUGUUUUCUGCUGCUCCAGAGAAGCGGACACGGAGCAAUGGAUCCAAACUACAAGAAAGAAGAUUCCACCUAAACAUUAGGAAGAACUUCCUGACAGUAAGAGCUGUUCGACAGUGGAAUUUGCUGCCAAGGAGUGUGGUGGAGUCUCCUUCUUUGGAGGUCUUUAAGCAGAGGCUUGACAACCAUAUGUCAGGAGUGCUCUGAUGGUGUUUCCUGCUUGGCAGGGGGUUGGACUCGAUGGCCCUAGUGGUCUCUUCCAACUCUAUGAUUCUAUGAUUCUAUGAUUCUAACCUGAUGUACCGCUGUAAAUUUAAAAAAAUAAAGGUAGUGGCUUUUGCUGCGGCCGUCAGUCCCACGAUUGGGCGCGGGGUGGGCAGGUGGGGAAUGCUAAUAUCCCAAAUAAUAAUUGUUGGAAAUUCAAAUCCCACCCCCGUUAACAUGCUUAAGCCUCCGUCCUUAAGAUGGGGAGCCAAAUCUCAGCCCUGGACUUGACUCUUAAGCGGCUCUCUUGUGAAAUCCGCUUUGGGCAGAAGUUGCUGGGCCUGCACUUAAUUAACCGCUAGUGUUGCUACCUUUGCUUCCUAGAGUUUGAAACAGCGACCCCCUGACCCCUCCCUUCCCGUUUAUUGUGGUCUACAAGUGUUAGGUUCGCUUUCGAAAUCCGCAGCUCCUUAACCCCUUGAACCCCGUAGGCCUCUCGCUUGUGGGGCUCCUGUGAUCAGCUCUGCCAGGUUAAUCAGGGAGGGCAUGAGAGGGCGGGGCGGGGGCGGGGGGGGACCCGGGGCUUUGUUUUAGUCCCCCCGCAAGUCGGGGGGCUGCAAUCCGAGCCCCUUCGGUAGCUGCGCCAGAGGCCCGGUGUCCCCCUUUGAACUCUCUUCAAUUGGGCAAGGGAAGGGGAGGGAAGGGGGGGUCAAAAUAAUUACAGCCCCAGCGGAGGCGUUGUGGAAAUCCCUGCUAAAUCCUGGCCUCCUCCUUAAAGGAUUUAUGGGGAGGGGGGGGAAGGCUUACAUGGGAGAAGGAACUGGGAGCUGCGGAUAAGGGAGUUGCCCCAUGGUAGGGAUUCCCUGAGCCGGCAGCAGCCUCUGGACAGGCGGAAGUCGAACCGGUGAAGCUGCCGCCCUUGCUGAAUACCCUUGCCAGGAAAAACAAAUUUCAUAGAAUCGUGGCGUUGGAAGGGACACCUGAGGAUCAUCUAGUCCAACCCGCUGCAAUGCAGGAACAUGCAGCUGUCCCAAACUUGCACCCUUGGCGUUAUCAGCGCCAGGCUCUAACCAACUGAGCUAUGUCUGUUUGUUUCUUCCUGUCUGCGCAGGGUCAGGGUAGGGAAGAAUUUGCCUACUGAUUGUCCCUGUUUACAAACACACUAGGGGUACUAAUAAUACCAGCCUACUUUGCAGGGACGGGACGCGGGUGGUGCUGUGGGUUAAAACCACAGAGCCUAGGGCUUGCCGAUCAGAAGGUUGGCGGUUCGAAUCCCCGAGACGGGGUGAGCUCCCAUUGCUCGGUCCCUGCUCCUGCCAACCUAGCAGCUCAAAAGCAUGUCAAAGUGCAAGUAGAUCAAUAGGUACCGCUCUGGCGGGAAGGUAAACGGCGUUUCUGUGCGCUGCUCUGGUUCGCCAGAAGCGGCUUAGUCCUGCUGGCCACAUGACCCGGAAGCUGUACGCCGGCUCCCUCGGCCAGUAAAGCGAGAUGAGCGCCGCAACCCCAGAGUCGGCCAUGACUGGACCUAAUGGUCAGAGUCCAUUACCUUUACCUUGCAGGGAUAUUGGGGGGACUUUUGAGGGGGUGCAGAUUGGGCGCAGGCAGUUUGGUGCCUUCCAAAUCAUUGUUGGACUACAGUUCCCAUAACAGGGGGGCCACAUGGCUAACUUUCCACCCACUGACCACCCAAAGUGACUGGGGAACGGGGUGGGGGUGGAGAGAGAGAAACUUUCCCAGAGAACUAUUUUUCUCCUCCUUGUCAUACGCUCAGGGAUGAGGGAUGCUUCAAGGUCAAUAAAGAAUCAAUUGCAAGGUGUUCUAAUUGGUUUACAUGUACCAUCCUAAGUUUUCCUAGCUGGGUCUCUGCCAUGGGCAUCUAUUUUGUAUGGCCUUUACAUUCAUCUGCUCUUAUUUUCUGUGUUGUGCUUAACUGGUUUUCCAUGCCACGCUCAUUGCAUUUUGUACCUUGCCUUGAGGUAUGGGUGGGUGAGGCGAAAUAGUUAGCUAAUUAGUUUAAUUAAGAAUACAAUAUCGAUUUGACUCUGGUUGCAUGGCCUUUGGGACAACUGAGGACAUUCAAGGUUCGGCUCAGUUCUUGCAAAGCUUCUCUUCCAAGCCAUUCACAGAACGCCCAAGGAAUAAGAAUUGCCUUGCAGGUGACAGAUGAAGGGUUCUAUCAUCUAUCUAUCUAUCUAUCUAUCUAUCUAUCUAUCUAUCUAUCAUCUAUCUAUCUAUCUAUCUAUCUAUCUAUCUAUCUAUCAUCUAUCAUCUAUCUAUCUAUCUAUCUAUCUAUCUAUCUAUCUAUCAUCUAUCAUCUAUCUAUCUAUCAUCUAUCUAUCUAUCUAUCUAUCUAUCAUCUAUCUAUCUAUCUAUCUAUCAUCUAUCUAUCUAUCUAUCAUCUAUCAUCUAUCAUCUAUCUAAUCUGCUGAUAACCAUUCUUCCUGGGUUGGGGAUGAAAGGAAAACAUGGAUCUGGUUAAUCUCCUGGUGCCCACUCACACAGCUAACCUUGCCAUAUGUGCUCUCUUCUCCUGUAGAACAACUCUUGGAUCCGGGACCACGAUGAGACGGGAUCCACGCACUCGGGAACGCCGGGACCUUCCAGCGGUGGGAUUGCGUCGCAGAGCGGCGAUAACUCCAGCGAACAAGGUAGGUUUAGUGGAUGCUGGAGGGAGGAGAAAGGCUCUGCUUCCGUGGUCCUGGAUUUUCUGUGUGGGCUCCAGGUAAGGAGAGCACUGCAGAGAGAGCCUUUUAGGUGGAAUUAAGGAUCUAAAGAAGGUGCGAAAGGUGAUGUCUUUGACCAACAGCGCUAAUACAGCAAAGAAAGAAUUUAAGGGAACAAUUGUAGAAAAAGAAAAGACAUCCACCUCAAAUAAAAAUAUUUGACACGGGCCUACAAAAUAGGGAAGCUCAAGAAAAAUACAGUAUAACAAAAUACAGUGGUACCUCGGUUUUCAAACAUAAUCCGUUCUGGAAGACCAUUCGAGUUCUGAAACGUUCAAAAACCGAAAACUCAGUAUGGAAGCCUCAAUACGGAAACUGAAUAUGGAAAACUCAAUACGGAAGGUGUGUGGCAUGUUUGACUUCCGAGGCGAGUUCGAAAACCGAAGCAUUUACUUCCGGGUUUACAGCAUUCGAAAACCGAAAUGUUCGUCAACGGAGAUGUUCGAAAACCGAGGUACCACUGUACCAACAAUGAACCAGGUAACCUGACAAUAAACUAUUGUUACAUGGCAACGAAAGUUCAGAAACUGAGUUGAAAAAGUCAGUUACGAUUACCAUAAUCGUGAUAGUUGUUCUUAGCGUUUAAACACUGCAGCCUUGCUCAGCCUGGGGUCUUCCAGAUGUUUUGAACUAUAACUCCCAUCAGAUCCAGCUUAAUUCAUUUGCCUUCAGUCUGGGAAGAGUGGUACUGUAGAAGGACUUAACCGAAGGCAAGCAAAGUCAGCCCUGAGUGAGGGCAAUGCUUCCUGAAUCUCCAAAUCUCUCCAAAAUCUCUGUAGCCAGCAAUGCUUUUCGCAGCAGACUUGUUUGCAGACAGUGCUCCUCUUCCUCAUUUCUGCUUUCGUAUUAACUCAGCCAUCUACGCCACAGCCCUGUGUGUCAGGCCAUUAUUUAUGAGACUGGUCUUGCAAAAUAAUAAUAAUAACGAGGGAUGGAGGCUGAGGCAAAGAAAAUGGUGGCUCGGCUGAGCCCCCCUCGUAAGAUUAUAACUGAGUCAGGAUUUAGAAUCAUAGAAUCAUAGAAUCCUAGAGUUGGAAGAGACCACAAGGGCCAUCGAGUCCAACCCCCUGCCAAGCAGGAAACACCAUCAGAGCACUCCUGACAUAUGGUUGUCAAGCCUCUGCUUAAAGACCUCCAAAGAAGGAGACUCCACCACACUCCUUGGCAGCAAAUUCCACUGUCAAACAGCUCUUACUGUCAGGAAGUUCUUCCUAAUGUUGAGGUGGAAUCUUCUUUCUUGUAGUUUGGAUCCAUUGCUCCGUGUCCGCUUCUCUGGAGCAGCAGAAAACAACCUUUCUCCCUCCUCUAUGUGACAUCCUUUUAUAUAUUUGAACAUGGCUAUCAUAUCACCCCUUAACCUCCUCUUCUCCAGGCUAAACAUGCCCAGCUCUCUUAGCCGUUCCUCAUAAGGCAUCGUUUCCAGGCCUUUGACCAUUUUGGUUGCCCUCCUCUGGACACGUUCCAGUUUGUCAGUGUCCUUCUUGAACUGUGGUGCCCAGAACUGGACACAGUACUCCAGGUGAGGUCUGACCAGAGCAGAAUACAGUGGCACUAUUACUUCCCUUGAUCUAGAUGCUAUACUCCUAUUGAUGCAGCCCAGAAUUGCAGAAGAACAAUGACACACUGGAGUAAUUUGUACGUUGCAACUGCAAACUUUCACCCAGCAAUGAGAUGCUUCUGGGACUAAGAUGCCGGUUAUGAUGAAGCGAGGGGGGCCAGUCGAGUCUGGAAUAGAGGGACGUACCGUAUUUUUUGCUCUACAAGACUCACUUUUUCCCUCCUGAAAAGUAAGGGGAAAUGUGUGUGCAUCUUAUGGAGCAAAUGCAGGCUGCGCAGCUAUCCCAGAAGCCAGAACAGCAAGAGGGAUCGCUGCUUUCACUGCGCAGCGAUCCCUCUUGCUGCUCUGGCUUCUGAGAUUCAGAAUAUUUUUUUUUCUUGUUUUCCUCCUCCAAAAACUAGGUGCGUCUUAUGGUCUGGUGUGUCUUAUAGAGUGAAAAAUACGGCACUUGUCUUGUUUUUCUUAAACAUAUGCAGCUGCUUGCAGAGCAAAGAGGGCCUUACAGAGUUUUCCAUCUAAAUUUAAGCAGUGUAUUAUGUGGGAAAGUCAGUAAAAGUUGGAGAGGAGGGCAGAGGGAAGGCUGAGCAGAGGGGAAUGUGAGCACAUCCAGUUACUUGCACUUCUUUUGGGAUCCCAGUUGUAGGAUCAAAGGCUCUCAGAAAAUAAGAAGAUAGGGCACAUCAGAGAAACUACGCUUUGCAUAGUGGUCUCGACCAGAGACAAGGGGGGGGGUUACCUUUGGGUUCCUAACAUACCCCAGCUUACCUGCAUACCCUUAAACUGUGCCAAGCAGUGCUGGAUUUAGAGCGCUGUGGUUGGUUCCCCUGCACAGGGCACUGAGCCAACGGGGUUCAAAAUUGGGAAGAUCCAUGAUUGAGAAGAUCCAUUUGCGGGCAGCAAAUGUUGGCCUCUCUCAGGGUGCCAGACUCCCAAAGUUUGCUCCUGGAGCCAAGGCCACCCAAACCUAGCGCAGAAAUUAUCAGCAGUGCUUCAGGAAUUUGAGCUCUGUGAACUGAACGAUGUAAUCUGUAUCUUAUCGGCCAAUGUAUUUGAUCGGGACGCAAUUAUUCUUUGGAUUCGACAGUCCUUUGAAUUUUGCGGUGUACGAUUCUCGGACGAAAGAAAUGUCUCAUUUAGAAUAAAACGGAUUUCGACGGGCAUGCCUUCAGAUGAGGUGUGUUCCGAAACGCUCGUUUUGCGAUAGAGCAAGUAUUGGAAUAAGUACAGUGGUACCUCGGGAUGCGAACGGGAUCCAUUCCGGAGCCCCGUUCACAUCCUGAAUGUAACGUAAGACGCAGUGGCGCGCGUGCGGGUUGCGUUUUGCCGCUUCUGUGCAUGCGCGUGACGUCAUUUUGAGCAUCUGUCCAUGCACGAGCGGCAAAACCCGGAAGUAAUACAUUCCAUUACUUCCGGGUUGCCGUACAGCGCAACCCAAAAGCGCUCAACCUGAAGCACAUUCAACCCAAGGUAAAUGAAAACAAGUAUUUAAGGACGAAUUUUCACGCUGAUUUUUUAAAAAAACAAACCACCCCACAGGCAACUGUAAGAACAGAACAGGCCUAUGAGCAAAAAUGUGUGAAACCAGAUCUCUCCAUGGCAAGAAAUUAUGGUCAAUAUGGUCAAACCCGUGCUAAGGUGGGGUGUUUUAUUGGGGGGAGGAUACAAACUGGCUGGUGUUGUGCUCUCUCAUCCAGAUUCUGGAGCGUUGCAAGGGAGGCACCCCUGUGUACCAACGUUAUGCUUUCCCUCCCCGUGCCCUAAGCCAGGAAGGAGAUUCAUCCUGGACUCCCAUCUGCGUUUUGCAAUCCCCGCGUAUGUGCAGAGAGGGCGUGAGCCAGCCUACAACACCUGCGAGCGUGUUCCGCAGAAAGCCGGGGAUCGCAGUUAUGCUAAUUAGAGUGUGAGCGUUUACACACACACACACACACACACACACACGGGCCUCUGCAUUCCAGCAGUCGCCAUCUGUUGAGCAAAUACCCUGAGAAUGGGGGCAUCCAACUGAAGAAAGGGAAAGCAAAGGCAAGAGGAGGGGGGGUGUGCUGGCAGCCCUCGAAGCUGGGGGGUCGUCCUGGGAGUCACUGCGGCAGAGCUGCAAGCCGCCCCGUGGAACCUCCUCCUCCCCAGACCUUGCAGAGCGCAGAAGUCAGCCUCCAAUGGGAGGGUUUGCAAGGGGGGAGCGGGCGAGGGGGAGACGAGAAGGGAGGACCAGAGUGGGAGGAGGGGUAGAUUGCCCUGGGAAAAUCGAGAAACAGCAUCCAGGUUUUAGAGGCGAUGGGGUGAGCGAGGCCUCCUAGGAGAAGGAAGGAGAUUUAGCCUGCUGACGUCCCACCCCCCUCCCCACAAAAUGGCCUGUCUUAUAAUAAUAAUAAUUUAUUAUUUAUACCCCGCCCAUCUGGCUGGGUUUCCCCAGCCACUCUGGGCGGCUUCCAACAAAACCCUAAAAUACAAUAACCUAUUAAACAUGAAAAGCUUUCCUAAACAGGGCUGCCUUCAGAUGUCUUCUAAAAACUUGGUAGUUAUUUUUCUCUUUGACAUCUGAUGGGAGGGCGUUCCAUAGGGCGGGUGCCACUACCGAGAAGGCCCUCUGCCUGGUUCCCUGUAGCUUGGCUUCUCGCAGCGAGGGAACUGCCAGAAGACCCUCGGAGAUGGACCUCAGUGUCCGGGCAGAACGGACACUGCCUCCAUCCUGGUCCUUGCCUGCUGGUAAAAGAGGAGUGUUAGGCGACCUGGCGUGCAGGGACGACGACUUAACAUUUUCGUUCACUACCCCUUCACUCCCUUUCGCACAGUGCCCUUCAGGAAAGUUAGUCAUCAGCCCAGUUGCUAAUCCCUUGCAAAUCAGCAAGGAGUGGUGAAAUUGGAUGGACCGGUUUUUGAGAUGCUUCCGGCCUGGAGAGUGUGGCUUCCUUUGACCGCUUGGAGAGCUUGGAAGCAAAUAUGGUGCUGGUGAGUGUGAAUUAAGCUCUGCCCCAUGGGUAGGCAAACUAAGGCCCCGGGGCCAGAUUCGGCCCAAUUGCCUUCUAAAUCCGGCCUGCGGACAGUCCGGGAAUCAGCGUGUUUUUACAUGAGUGGAAUGUGUCCUUUGAUUUCAAAUGCAUCUAUGGGUUAUUUGUGGGGCCUGCCUGGUGUUUUUACAUGAGCAGAAUGUGUGCUUUUAUUUCAAAUGCAUCUCUGGGUUAUUUGUGGGACAUAGGAAUUCGUUCACACCCCCCCCAAAAAAAUAGUCCGCCCCCCACAAAGUCUGAGGGACAGUGGACUGGCCCCCUGCUGAAAAAGUUUGCUGACCCCUGCUCUACCCAACCUCUCUCCUUCUGUGGCACAAGCCGGCUACAUCAGUUCUUCCAGGCAGGAAAAGUUCAAAACAACCAUUUAAUUUUUAUUUUUUUUAAACCAGAUUAAAACACCCAUCCGCAUUCAUCGUACCUAGAUAGGCUUGCCAAAAGAAAAAAAUGUUUUCAGCAGGUGCUGGAAAGGUUUCGGUGAAGGUUCCUGCUUGAGAUCAAUUGGCAGGGAGUUCCAAAGUGUGAGUGGGGGUUCGCCCAGAGCUUUGAAGGCACCACCCAUUGAGAGACCAUCACCAGCUGAAGCCCACCCAUUUUUUGAACCAGUCCCCCACCCUGUUCUUCUAACCACUAAGCAUUGGUUUGUCCCCAGUGCUAGUCCUGCCCAGAGCAGACCCACUGAAAUGAGCUUGGUCCAUUCAUUGCAAUGGGUCUACUUUGAGCACGGCUUGUUUGGAGACAGCCCAGUAUUCUCUUUGUCCGACCGGACAUCCAUAAACCUGUCUGCAGGCCUCCAGAGACAGGCCUGCUUACUCAUGGCAGGAACAGAAAAUAGCCGGCCCUCUCUGUGUGUGUGACCUCUCCUCUCAUUCCAAGCUGAAUAGUGACGUUCCGAGGGUCAAGGGGUCGGCGCCUAAAUGGGAAGAGGAGGGGCAGCUUGCUUUUUGCAAAGCGAAAUGCAGGGGGGAGGGGGGUGUUUCUUCCUGCCCACCAGCGACUUGAUCAGCCGACAUUUUUGCCCGACAUUCCAUUCCUUCUCUGGUUCAAUCAGCUUCUGUGGCUGCGCAUGGGAAGUUGCAGGGGGACAGAUGCAUGCAACAAAAGCCACACACAAACACCAGCCCCAGCUUAAGUAGCAAUGGGUUUAAUAAUAAUAAUAAUAAUAAUAAUAAUAAUAAUAUGCCACCUUUCGCCAGAAAACUGCAGCAUGCAAGACCGAUUUCACAACGUAACGUCUAUGUAACAUCCAACUCAAAAUAAUUAUACAAAUGCAAUUAUUUUAAGGAAUGCAUAAAAAGGUAAAGGGACCCCUGACCAUUAGGUCCAGUCGUGGCCGACUCUGGGGUUGCGGCGCUCAUCUCGCUUUAUUGGCCGAGGGAGCCGGUGUACAGCUUCCGGGUCACGUGGCCAGCAUGACUAAGCCACUUCUGGCGAACCAGAGCAUCGCACGGAAACGCUGUUUACUUUCCCGCCGGAGUGGUACCUAUUCAUCUACUUGCACUUUGAUAUGCUUUCGAACUGCUGGGUUGGCAGGAGCUGGGACUGAGCAACGGGAGCUCACCCUGUCGUGGGGAUUCGACCUGCCAACCUUCUGAUCAGCAAGCCCUAGGCUCAGUGGUUUAACCCACAGCGCCACCCACAUCCCAAGGAAUGUGUAAUGAAACGCAAAUUCUCAUAAAAGCAACAGCAUAAAUAGACGAGAAAAUCAGCAGCAGGGUAUCUAAACUACAAAGACAGCCCACAGAUGCAGAAUCUUUUGUCAAAGGUAGCUCUUGAUCCUAGCUACCUAUAGAAAAUGACAGAGUCUCCUAUCUCUCGCCUGAGGGCUUUCCUUUCCUCUCCUAGUCUCUAGUGUUUCCCUAGUGUUUCCGUGCGCUGCUCUGGUUCGCCAGAAGCAGCUUAGUCAUGCUGGCCACAUGACCCGGAAGCUGUACGCCGGCUCCCUCGGCCAAUAAAGCGAGAUGAGCACCGCAACCCCAGAGUCGGCCACGACUGGACCUAAUGGUCAGGGGUCCCUUUACCUUUACCUAAAUUUAGGAACCGUUUUGCAACUCAGAAGUGUGUUCCUCUGGAUUCCAUGGGACUUACCCCGAGGUAAGUGUGUGCUAGCGUUGCAGCCUUGAUUGCAUUGUGUGUGCAAAUACGACCCGCGCAUCCAUGUAUGCGCUUGUGCCAAUGUAUAUACGAUGAAAAGGAAGAGUGCGGGAGUGAAAUUGACUAGACCGGAAGCGCCUCAAUAUCUGGUCUAGUCAAUUUCUGCACUCCGCUGAUUUGCAAGGGAUUGGCAUCUUGACAGAUAAACUAACUUUUCUGAAGGGCCGCUGUGAGGAAGAGAGUGAGAGUUAGUGGGCCAGUCUGGGCCGCCCCACACAUGAGGCAAGGUGAGGCAACUGCCUUGGGCGGCAAGUCCACUGGAGCAGCAGAUUCUGGUGUCAAUCUUUCUUCUCCCCCCAACACCUUGUUCCUAUGCGGAGCUUCCCUGCCCCCUUCUUCCUUGGUGGGGACGGGGGCACCACUUUGGGGUUCCUCUCGGGUAUAUUGGGCUGGUCCUGGGACCUGGGUCUUACCUCCUACUCCCUUCUCCACACCAGACUUUUGCAUCCAGGUUAGCGACAGAUCUGAGAUCAGGUAGCAUCUCUCAGUGGGGUUGGUUUGGGCCUAGUGCAGGGGUCAGCAAACUUUUUCAGCAGGGGGCCAGUCCACUGCCCCUCAGACCUUGUGGGGGGCCAGACUAUGUUUUUUUUGGGGGGGGAAUGAACCAAUUCUUGUGCCCCACAAAUAACCCAGAGAUGCAUUUUAAAUAAAAGCACGCAGUCUACUCUUGCAAAAACACCAGGCAGGCCCCACAAAGAACCCAGAGAUGCAUUUUAAAUAAAAGGACACAUUCUACUCAUGUAAAAACAUGCUGAUUCCUGGACCGCCUGCGGGCCGGAUUGAGAAGACGAUUGGGCCAGAUCUGGCCCCCAGGCCUUAGUUUGCCUACCCAUGGCCUGGUGGCUUCCAGGUGCCAACUCUUAGAGGAGGGGAAUAAAUUCAGACCCUCCAAGUGUCCCUAUUUUCCAGGGACGCCCCUGAUUUAGAGAAGCCAUCCUGGUUUCUGAUUCAAUCCCGGGAGCCAGUGUGGUGUAGUGGUUAAGAGCGGUAGUCUCGUAAUCUGGUGAACCGGGUUCGAGUCUCCGCUCCUCCACCUGCAGCUGCUGGGUGACCUUGGGCCAGUCACACUUCUUUGGAGUCUCUCAGCCCCACUCACCUCACAGAGUGUUUGUUGUGGGGAGGAAGGGAAAGGAGAAUGUUAGCUGCUUUGAGACUCCUUAAAGGGAGUGAAAGGCGGGAUAUCACAUCCAAACUCUUCUUCUUCUUCUUCUUCCUGCUUUUCCUUUGGAUUUCCCUGUUUUCAUUGGAGAAAUGUUGGAGGGUAUGGAGUUAUCCUGUACAGGGAAGGGUUUUUUAUGUUUCGUUUUGUUUUAAUGGAAGGGACGCGGGUGGCGCUGUGGGUAAAACCUCAGCGCCUAGGACUUGCCGAUCACAUGGUCGGCAGUUCGAAUCCCCGCAGCGGGGUGCACUCCCGUCGUUCGGUCCCAGCGCCUGCCAACCUAGCAGUUCGAAAGCACCCCCGGGUGCAAGUAGAUAAAUAGGGACCGCUUACCAGCGGGAAGGUAAACGGCGUUCCGUGUGCUGCGCUGGCUCGCCAGAUGCAGCUUGUCACGCUGGCCACGUGACCCGGAAGUGUCUGCGGACAGCGCUGGCUCCCGGCCUAUAGAGUGAGAUGAGCGCACAACCCUAGAGUCUGGCAAGACUGGCCCGAACAGGCAGGGGUACCUUUACCUUUUACCUUUGUUUUAAUGUUUUUAUGUCUGUUGAAAGCUGCCCAGAAUGGCUAGGGCAACCCAAUCAGAUGUGUGGGGUAUAAAUAGUAAAAUUAUCAUUAUGGAAUGAGACGUCCCUAUUUUCAUCAGAGAAAUGUUGGAGGGUAUGUAAAUUAGGGGUGAGGGGAGAAAUUAGAGGGAUUUUCCUCUGAGAUCAGGCUCCUUUAUCCCAUUAUAAAUAAUAAUUAUAGCAAUGUGUUUACACAACUACCAUAUUUUUCGCUCUAUAGGACGCACUUUUUCCCCUCCAAAAAUUAAGGGGAAAUGUGUGUGCGUCCUAUGGAGCGAAUGCAGGCUCCUUGGCUUCAGCGAUAGCAACACGAAGCCUCCGAAGUGCAGAGGGAGAGCUCCCUACGUGUUCUGGAGGCUUCGUGUUGCUUUCACUGAAGCCUUUGGAGCGCAGCGGGACCUCGCGCUGCACUCCAAAGGCUUCGGGUUCCUUUUGCUGAAGCCGGGAGAGCAAGACUCUCCCAGCUUCAGCAGAGAGGGAGAGCUGCGCAGCGCCCCUUCAGCCAAGCGGGAGGAGAAAUGGAAGGGGCUCCGUUUCUCCUGCCGCUUCGCUGAAGGGGCACUGAGCAGAGAGGGGGAGAUUUUUUUUUUCCUGUUCUCCCCCUCCUAUGGUCCGGUGCAUCCUAUGGUCCGGUGUGUCCUAUAGAGCGAAAAAUACGGAAGGUUAGGCUGGGAUCUGUGUCCCUGUGGUGCUAAAGGGUACUUUACUCAUUUGUAUUUGUGUAGUGGAUAAGGAAACUCUGGAUGAUCAGGGAAGGCCUGGGCUAAAGUCCUACCUCUUUCCACAUCCGGUUCCACUGGAAAGCCGCCAUUUCUAAGCCUCGGUUUUCCCUAUCUGUGAAAUGGGGGAAUACUGCAGUGAGGACACAUGAGAGAGCUACGUUUUUAUCUUAGGACUGCAACCUUUCACUAAUAGGUUAGUCAACAAAAUCUUUUUGUAAUUUGAUUAGUGCUGGCUAAGCAAAAGAGUCAAAGGCGCAUUAUAAUUCUGGCUUAGGACGUUAAGACACCUGCUUGUUUAUGUUUUGAGACUAGUUCUUGUAUGUGACCAACAACGGGGAAUGGGAAAGUAGAAAAAUCAAAGCCUUCUCUUUCCUGAAACAAGGAGCAGCAGCUUUCAUUUAUUAAAUUGCAAAUCAUUUCAAAAUGGGAUCUAUUUUUGGUAAUGUGCACAUUUAUUUCAACUUAAUUAGAUAAAAGACAGACAAUUAAUCAAAUAAGCACCCGGAAUACAAAAGCUUGUUUUUUUCUAGGUUCAGAUAUUGUGUUUCUUCAUUUAGGAAGAGCGUGCACUGUCUGUUCUGUGGCAGAAUACAGAAGUGAGAGCCUCGUUGAAGCACUCUGUUUCCCCAACCCCCGCUCUGCCUAGUCUAAUCAUAAACCAUAAAUCCACGUAUAAUGUGGUAAGCAGACAAGAAAGGUGUAGAAGGGUGCUGCCUGACCUUAUCCAAGUCCCUAAUCCUGUGAUCUGUAAAAAAAAAUAUAAAAAUAAAAUGAUGACAGUGCUCACUUUGCCCAAAUUUCUUUUGGUGAGGCUCUGUUGCCGUUGUGCAAAUCUCACUGCAGUGACGUUGCUGCAGCCUUUUUAUUUUGGAAUUUUGGCUUUUGGGUUUGCCUGGAAAAGCUUGACCUCCCGACUGCAUCUGCACCUCGCCCUUCUGGUUUUGUUCUUUCGCAAAGAUCUGCUGCAGUUUUUGCAAAGAACUGUCCUUGCGCACCCCUCCGCAAGCAGAGUUCUGGAAACAGAGGGCAAUGGGUUUUACUUUUUGCAUUUUUGGGGGGGGGGGGAGAGCGGGAGAGGGGAGGAAAGCAGGGUGGGGCUGUUGAUCAAGUGGGGACACGGGUGAUGGCUGCUGGAAGCCCCCGACAGCAGCGCUUUCUCUGAUGCAUAAUUUACUUCCCCCUCCAGGCAGGGCUUUUAAGCUGCCUUUUAGCCGGAGGAUAUAAAAGCAUGACAGCUGUUCCAUUGGGCUAGGAUUGGGCGGGUGUAGGGGGGAAAGAGACGGGAUUUUAUGUUUGUUAGGCGAGGCUUGUGUGCAAAGGGAGGCGGGGAGCGUGUGAUAGCAGGGGGUUCCACACUGCAGGCCCCUCUCUCCUUUCCUUAGGCAUUGACAGGAGGAAGGAAGUUCUAUCUUCAAUUUUCUGAGAGCCCCGCUAGGAAAGGAGGUUGACUCAAAACGGCCAGAAGUCAGUGAGGUUUUUCCUUGUAAAUUCUGCUUCUGUGUGGGAUAAGAAACCUUAUUUUAUUAGCUUUUAAAUCUUGCCUUUCGCCCCCAAGAGCUCAAGGUGUUGUCCUUCCUUUUUUAAUAACCCCGACGACGACAACCCUGUAAGGUAGGCUAGGCUGAGAACGUGAUUGAUGGGCCUAAGGCAGUGGUUCUGAAACUUUUUUAUCUGGGCCAUGUUUUCAGAAGAAGAAGGAAGGCUCGCUCCACACAGAAUUUCUUAUUAUUGAGAAAUACAUUGGAAAAUGAAAGGGAACGGCUCCUAGUCGUGCUUGAUUUAUAACAAAGAACACAACUAUGUGGGAGCCAGUGUGGUGUAGUGGUUAAGAGCGGUGGACUCGUAAUCUGGUGAACCGGGUUCGCUUCCCCGCUCCUCCACAUGCAGCUGCUGGGUGACCUUGGGCCAGUCACACUUCUCUGAAGUCUCUCAGCCCCACUCACCCCACAGAGUGUUUGUUGUGGGGGAGGAAGGGAAAAGGAGAUUGUGAGCCGCUUUGAGACUCCUGAAGGGGAGUGAUAAAGUGGGAUAUCAAAUCCAAACUCUCUAACUACUUUAUAAUAUGACCAUGGGGCACCCAAAAAGUAUAAACGCAGCUACAUAAUAACACAAAUCAUUGCCAAAAUAUAAUUAUAAAUGAGGUUUCUCCAAGGUUGUGACUUUGCAGCUAAGAUUGUCCUUGAUCCUUUUGAUCUCAUUUUGAAAACACAUCUAUCCAUAUUCUGCAAAUAAUUUUCCCCCUCUAUACCACACUGAAAUGUUUAAGUGUUUCUUCAAUGAUCCUUGAACCUUCCUGCCACACUUGCUCUCCUCUCCUGCCACAUCAGUGUGGCGCACCACACCCUUGAGAACCACUGGCCUAUGGUCACUCAGUGAGCAUCAGGGCUGAGCGGGGCCUUCUGCCUGGUUCUUCCUGGUCCUAAAGCAACACUCCAACCACUGAACCACACUGCCUCAUCUUCAGAACCAUUCAUGGUUAUGCAGAGGCGGUUUUAGGGAAGUGCGACCGGGUGCCGCCCUGCAGGGAGCGCCGAAACAAUACUGUAGAACAGAGUGUGAGAGGCAGGGGGCACCGAAUUUUUACGUCACUGAAAUUUCAGAGCCCAAAGUCUGCCACUGAAUUAUGGGACGUAUUUCAAAUAAACUCAGCACAGCAUGUUCUUCCUUAGUAAUCCGCCAUCCCUGAGAGAGAGAGACUGAGAGUGCCUUGCCUAAGCCCACUCAGUGAGGUGAGAUUUAAAAUGGGUGGGACUUCCAAGUCCUUUGCCUCCUCAUGAUAUUAAAACUUGUUACAGUGGUGCCUCUGGUUGCGAACGGGAUCCGUUCUGCGGCGCGUCUGCACAUGUGUGGGUUGUGAUUUGUCGCUUCUGCGCAUGCGCAUGAUGUCAUUAUGCACGUCUGCGCAUGCGCGAGCAGUGAAACCCGGAAGUAACCCUUUCCGGUACUUCCGGGUCACUGUGGGAUGUAUCCUGAAAGAACGUAACAUGAAGCAAACGUAACAUGAGGUAUGACUGUACAAUGGUACCUCAAGUUACAGACGCUUCAGGUUACAGACUCCGCUAACCCAGAAAUAGUACCUCGGGUUAAGAAAUUUGCUUCAGGAUGAGAACCGAAAUUGCGUGGCGGUGGCAGCAGCAGCAGCAGGAGGCCCCAUUAGCUAAAGUGGUACCUCAAGUUAAGAACAGCUUCAGGUUAAGAACGGACCUCCAGAACGAAUUAAGUUCUUAACCCGAGGUACCACUGUAUAUGUUAUACAGAAAGAUCUCCAAGCCUAUUUAAAAACAUAAGCAUAAGUUAUAACAUACAUUACAGCAUACAUUAUAAAGCAACUAUGUAGGACGUUGGCAUGUGUCUUAAUCUUCUUGUUGUUGUUUAAAGGCUUUAAAAUGCUGGUUUUUUAUUGAUAAUUUCAUUGAUUAAUUCUUCUUGUAAACUGUUUUGAGAGUUUUGGGACUUUUCAGUCCAACGGGAUAUGAAUUCUAUGAAUUAAUCGAACAAACAAACAGAGGUACAGAGAAACGCGCGCAGUUCAUAAGAAAGAAAUACACAAGGCACACACACCUGGCCCCAAAUAAAGGUGCCUCCGCCAAGAUGUUUGCUGUUGAUUUAGGGCGAUUGAUCAUAAUUUUCUUUCCACUAAGAUAAAUCCCAGAGCAGGGUUACAGCCUAAAAAGUAUAGAAUAAAAUGAAACAAUCAGGGGUGGGGAAUCCAACCACCACAGUAACCAACUCAAACAUCCCAUCCCAGCACUGCAAGAGUGACGUUGCUGGACUCCAUCUCCCAGCAGCACCAGCCAGCAUGGCUAAUGGUCAGGGGUGAUGAGAGAUACAACGGCAUCGGCAAAGUGCCACAGGUUCACCACCUCCGAGGCUGGUUAAUUAUCUGAUAUCUGGAAUGGGUCAUUAUCUGGUGCCUCCCUGUGGAAUCUGAUGGCUAAUCUUUGGCCUCCCAGUUAUUGCUGGACCACAGGCUCCCAAUAUCGCUAACCACUAGCCAUGCUGGCUAGAGCGGUUGGGAGUCCAACCAUGUCUGGAGGAGCCUUAGGUUCCCUUCCCUGUCUUGUCUACUUGCGAGCGGAGGAGAUGUCUGUGGCCAAGUAUAGAAUCGUAGAGUUGUAGGGACCCUGGGGGUCAUUCAGUCCAGCCCCCUCCAAUGCAGGAAUCUUGGCUAAAGCAUCCAUGACAGAUGUCUGUCUAAACCUUAAAAACCUCUAAGGAAGGAGGGUCCACAGCCUUCCAAGAUAGUCCGUCCCACUGUCCAACAGCUCCUACUGUCAGAAAGUACUUCCUAGUGUUUAGUUGGAAUCUUCCAUGUGAUUUGUUGUUAUUUAGUCAUUUAGUCGUGUCCGACUCUUUGUGACCCCAUGGACCAGAGCACGCCAGGCACUCCUGUCUUCCACUGCCUCCCACAGUUUGGUCAGCUUCGAGAACACUGUCCAACCAUCUCAUCCUCCGUCGUCCCCUUCUCCUUGUGCCCUCCAUCUUUCCCAACAUCAGGGUCUUUUCCAGGGAGUCUUCUCUUCUCAUGAGGUGGCCAAAGUACUGGAACCUCAGCUUCAGGAUCUGUCCUUCCAGUGAGCACUCAGGGCUGAUUUCCUGAAGAAUGGAUAGGCCUGAUCUUCUUGCAGUCCAUGGGACUCUCAAGAGUCUCCUCCACCACCAUAAUCCAAAAGCAUCCAUUCUUCGGCGAUCAGCCUUCUUCAUGGUCCAGCUCUCACUUCCAUACAUCCAUGUGAUAGCCUUUAGCUAUUGGAAGAUGGCCAUCAUAUCUCCUCUUUUUGAGGCUAAACAUACCCAGCUUUUUCAACCAUUCCUCAUAAGGCUAGGCUUCUAGACCCUUGAUCGUGUACGCCAUUUCUCUCUCCUUUUGUGUUGAUCCAGUGGACGUGUUACGGGCCCUGACUGAUCACCCUGUGACAGCCGGCUCUGCCUCAAGGACAGAGGCAGCCCAUCUUAAAUUGACGGAUCGUCUGUCUGCUUUAUCCCUCUUAACUCUCUGCUGUUUGCUCUGACUGAUGAGGGCUCUCCAGACCAGUGCUGACAUCUAGAGAGGCUACAGCUUGAACCAGCCACUUUUUGCAUGCAAGACACGUUCUCUACCAUGACUGCUAGGUAAAGGGUAAAGGGACCCCUGACCAUUAGGUCCAGUCAUGACCAACUCUGGGGUUGUGACUCUCAUCUCGCUUUAUUGGCCGAGAGAGCCGGCAUACAGCUUCCAGGUCAUGUGGCCAGCAUGACUAAGCCGCUUCUGGCGAACCAGAGCAGCGCAUGGAAACGCCGUUUACCUUCCCGCCAGAGCAGUACCUAUUUAUCUACUUGCACUUUGAUGUGCUUUCGAACUGCUAGGUUGGCAGGAACAGCAACUGAGCAACGGGAGCUCAUGCUGUUGCGGGGAUUCGAACUGCCGACCUUCUGAUUGGCAAGUCCUAGGCUCUGUGGUUUAACCCACAGGGCCAUCCGUGUCCCUCCACCAUGACUGCUAAUGCCCGCCUAAUGGACAGCUUAGCCGGUCAUGUAUGGUGGCCAGAUCCGAGGAACACCUGCUAACCAGGAAACAAAAGAGAGUACAGUGGUGCCCCGCAAGACGAAUGCCUCGCAAGACGAAAAACCCGCUAGACGAAAGGGUUUUCCGUUUUUCAAUGCGCUUCGCAACACGAAUUUCCCUAUGGGCUUGCUUCGCAAGACGACAACGUCUUGUGAGUCUUGCGAUUUUUUUCGCUUUUUACCCCCUUUUUCUAAGCUGCUAAGACGCUAAUAGCCUUUUAGCCGCUAAGCCGCUAAGCCUUUAAUAGCCGCUAAACCGCUAAUAGCGCUAAUCCGCUAAGCCGCUAAUAGGGUUGCUUCGCAAGACGAAAAAACCGCUAGACGAAGAGACUCACGGAACGGAUUAUUUUCGUCUUGCGAGGCACCACUGUAGUCCUUUUCACAGUUAAACUAUGGAACUCACUCCCACAAGAGCCAGGGUGGCCACCAACGUGAAUAGUUUCAAAAGGGGAUUCGACAAAUUCACGGAGGAUAAAUGAUCAAUUUACGAUGGCUGUUCCUGCCCCCAAAUAACACACUCAGUCCCCACAGGGCUAGUUCAGAUGUGUUCCCGGCACAAUUUGCUUUUAGCUUCUGGUUUAGAAAUCAAGGACUGUAUGCCAAGAUAUUUAAAAAGACUUCCAUGCCAGAUGCAGGGACAAAUAUAGGACAUAUAUUACCUUUAUAUUCUGUUCAUGAAUGCCCGAUCGUGUCUGUCUGGUUGCUGUGUGUAGCAGUAUUCUAAACCAUAUGGAUCCAUCAAAGCAAUUCAUAUCCAUAACCUCCUUCCUGCUCUUACAGCUGCGAUGUAGCAGCUGGGUCUGUAAUGUUCAGCCAGCUAUGCGCGUGAGCGGGUCAAAGUGAGUAGAGGGAGAAGGGGAAACUAUCUAGAGGCUCACUAUUCUUAAAGACACUGAUUUCAUCACAGAUUUCAGUUUACAACAGUCCUCCCAAGGGUGAAAUUCCACCACUAGCCUCUAGAGGGCCUCUAGCAUUCGACGCUUGAUACCAUGUCUCCCUCUAGUGGCCACAUGUGGUAUGACUCCAAAACCUCUUUCUAACUGAACCAAGCAGAUUUAGUCCCAUACCAGGUACAAACUUUCUGGGCCUCUUUCUCCGACCAUCUUUCUCAAAGGGUUUUCUCUCUCCAUUUCUGCUUCUUUUUUCCUCGCAGGGGACUGUCUAGACAACAGCGUGGCCUCCCCAAGCACGGGAGAUGACGACGACUUAGACCGAGACAAAAAACGGAACAAGAAAAGAGGGAUCUUCCCCAAAGUGGCCACAAACAUUAUGCGUGCGUGGCUAUUCCAACACUUGUCGGUAAGAACGUGGAUCUUUGUGGAGGGAAAGGGUAGGAGAGAAGGGAAGUCGCCAGGAUCAUAGAGAAUUGCCUUAUACGGAAUCAAACCAUUAGUCCAUCUGGCUCAACAGUGCCCCUACUGGCCGAGUCUCUCCAGCAUUUUGUGCAAGGGGGAUAUUCCCAGUUUUACCUGGAAAAGCUGGGACUGGAACCCCAGGACCUCUUCAAAACCAAGGGUUCCUGCGUCUUAUUCUCAGCUACGCAGGGAAGAAUUGGGAAUGGGGGGCCGGACAAUUUGAACAAGGGUUGAUGGGAGUUUCCUGAAGCUUCCUGGAGUACGGAACAGGUCAGAUAUGCGAAAACAGCAUACAGUGGUACCUCUGGUUAAGCACCACUUUAGCUAAUGGGGCCUCCUGCUGCCGCUGUGCCGCCGGAGCAGAAUUUCUGUUCUCAUCCUGAAGCAAAGUUCUUAACCUGAAGCACUAUUUCUGUGUUAGCGGAGUCUGUGGUACCUCGGGUUACAUACGCUUCAGGUUACAGAUGUUGGGAUACUGCCAGGGAGAUAAAGUCCAUCAAGGCCCCCAAGCCGUCUGCCGGACGAUCCAUCGACCUCCCGUAGGCACGCAGCGACAUGAGUUUCUAGAAAAUAUCUUGCCACAUUCCAGAGCUCAUGCACACUAUCAGCAGAUAAUGCACAGCCAAAAGUUGCAGUCAGGAGAGCAUUAUUUACAAGUUUAUUCAGCGUUGAUCAGAACACAGAAAAACAUGACUGACUGCUUUAAGUGUCUGCGACACAGAGAGAGAAAACGAAAGCAACAUAAAACAUAAACAUCCUGUGAACAGGAAAUACGCAGACUCUGACUCACAAAGCCUGCUCCCUUUUAAGGUGGAACGGAAAUAUCCUAACAACAGACGCUUCAGGUUACAGACUCCGCUAACCCAGAAAUAUUACCUCGGCUUAAGAACUUUGCUUCAGGAUGAGAACAGAAAUCGUGCGGCGGCAGCAGGAGACCCCAUUAGCUAAAGUGGUGCUUCAGGUUAAGAACAGUUUCAGGUUAAGAACAGACCCCCGGAACGAAUUACGUACUUAACCCGAGGUACCACUGUAUUCUGUCUCUAGGACUGGGGAACCCGUGACCCUCCAAAUGGACUCCAAAUCCCAUCAGCCAGCAUGGCCAGCAGUCACAAAUGAUGGGAGUCGUAGUCCAACAAGUAUGUGGAGGGCCAGUUUUCCCUCUCCCAAAUUAACCCUGUUUCAAACCCUUACGUUGGCUCAAGGGAUCACGGACACUUGUUUUCUGAAGCAGCAAGGAGCAUUUAACAGAAAGGUCCUAGCACGAGGCCUCUAUUUUUCGCAACACCCUCUUCAGAGAGGACCCUCUCUCCCUGAUCCCCUUGUCUUUUUGGUGAGCAGCAGCAAAGACCCAGGUGAUCUUAACGCAGGACUUUGGAGUAGAAGAGAAGCAGAGGCUGUGUGCUUCUUGUUGCUUACCUCUGUCUCCCCAGCGGUUAGCUGUUUCUCUCCCCCACCUCCCAGAGCUGGGUUGAGCUUGUAUUUUAAAUGGUUUUAUCACGAGAGCAUUUAUUUAUUUAUUGCAGUUAUUCAUAUCCUGCCCCUCAGGAUACAAACCUUUCUAAGUUGGCUUACACAAGUGAGAUUGAACUACAGUACAUUUACACAAACACACACACACCACAAUAUGCAUUAUCAAGGUACAAACAAUAUUGUAUAUCAUCAGGAUCAAUAUCAAUAUCAUCAGGAUGCUUUCCACAGGGCAGUUUGCAAGUAGGGUGGCCUGGUAUAUAACAGUAAUGGUAAUAGUAAUAGUAACAAUAGUAAUAGUAAUAAUAAUAGUAAUAAUAAUAAUAAUAGUAAUAAUAAAUUUAUUUAUACAUACAUACAUACAUACAUACAUACAUAGGGACACGGGUGGCGCUGUGGGUUAAACCACGGGUGGCGCUGUGGGUUAAACAGAGCCUAGGACUUGCUGAUCAGAAGGUCGGCGGUUCAAAUCCCUGCGACAGGGUGAGCUCCCAUUGUUCAGUGCCACCUCCUGCCAACCUAGCAGUUUGAAAGCACGUCAAAGUGCAAGGAGAUAAAUAGGUACCGCUCCAGCAGGAAGGUAAACGGCAUUUCUGUGCGCUGCUCUGGUUCGCCAGAAGCAGCUUAGUCAUGCUGGCCACAUGACCCAGAAGCUCACCCCGUCCCGGGAGCUCACCCCGUCAUGGGGAUUCGAACCGCCAACCUUCUGACUGGCAAGUCCUAGGCUCUGUGGUUUAACCAACAGCACCACCCACGUCCCAUUUUUCCUUGUUGUUGUUGUUGAGUCGUUUAGUCAUGUCCGACUCUUCGUGACCCCACAGACCAGAGCACGCCAGGCCCUCCUGUCUUCCACUGCCUCCCACAGUUUGGUCAAACUCAUGCUGGUAGCUUCGAGAACACUGUCCAACCAUCUCAUCCUCUGUCGUCCCCUUCUCCUUGUGCCCUCCAUCUUUCCCAACAUCAGGGUCUUUUCCAGGGAGUCUUCUCUUCUCAUGAGGUGGCCAAAGUCUUGGAGCCUCAGCUUCAGGAUCUGUCCUUCCAGUGAGCACUCAGGGCUGAUUUCCUUCAGAAUGGAUCGGUUUGAUCUUCUUGCAGUCCAUGGGACUUUUUCCUUAGGAUGUCCCUAUUUUCAUCGGAGAAAUGUUGGAGGGUAUGGAAGAGCAGAGGUAGCUCUCUUAAUUCUGGGGACAGCCCUGCAGUGAGAGCCCACCCCUCACACCAACGUGCUUGACCCAGGUGUUUUCUUCAACAACAAGGCAUGUGGACCACCCAUUGUUAAAAUCGGCCCAAAGCUGGCCUUAAUAAAGGACGAUGUUUCAGCCAUGCCGCUGAUCAUUUCUGCCCACGGCGCCGUUUUCUGCCAACGCAGGCUGAGUUUGGGGAAUUUCUGGCUCCCUGCUUGCGGCCCCUUUUGAACUGGCAAGCGAGCGGCUUGCUAGCUAACAGUGGGCAUCUUUCCAUGCCCGCCACCCAGACUCCCUUCCCCUUCCCCUCCUCGCUCGCCACCAAGCUGCCAGGCAAUUAGGCAGGGCCUCUCCCUGGUUAGUUAAACAAAGGCGAGUUAAUGAGCGCUGGCCAAUUAGUGGCUAAUUGAAGGAGCUAUAAAGCUAUUAGAGGCUGGUGAAGGGUAAUCAAUUCUAGCCAAUUACCCUGAACGCAUUGGCAGGGAGUGAGGUGGGAGGGGGGCUUCCAAGGCUAAGUGGCUACGGCUAAGCUGGGCCCAGCCUGGCUCUAGUGGGCUAGGGAGCAAGCAAAUUGGAACUGGGGCAGGGGGAAGCCUCGUCUUCCUCACCAUGCGCUAUCUAGUUUGUUUUCGUAUUUGCUGCUUAGAUUUUAAGCCCAACCUUGCCCCAAGGAGUGGAAGCAUAUGUGGUUCACAAACACACACAAACACACACUUUAUCCUCACAACCUGUGAGAUAGUGACUGGCCCAAGGUGACCCUCUGAACAGAAUACAAGGGUACCUCGGGUUAAGUACUUAAUUCAUUCCGGAGGUCCGUACGUGACCUGAAACUGUUCUUAACCUGAAGCACCACUUUAGCUAAUGGGGCCUGCUGCUGCUGCUGCCGCCGCGCUGCUGGAGCACGAUUUCUGUUCUCAUCCUGAAGCAAAGUUUUUAACCUGAAGCACUAUUUCUGGGUUAGCGGAGUCUGUAACCUGAAGCGUAUGUAACCUGAGAGGUACCACUGUACGGGCUUGAAGCCUGAUCUCCAAACUCCUAAUCUGACGCUGUAACCACUACACCUGAGUCAGGGAGCCUUUUUCAGCUUGAGGACACGAGGGCUGGGCAGGGCCAGGACCAAAUCAGAGUGGGUCCAAAUGUAAAAGAGGAACGAUGGACCCUCCAAGUGUCCCUGUUUUCCAGGGACGUCUCUGAUUUAGAGAAGCCGUCCUGGUUUCUGAUUUGAUCCCAUUUUUCCUUAGGAUGCCCCUAUUUUCAUUGGAAAAAUAUUGGAGGGUAUGGGGUUAUCUGACCCCCCAGAGCCAUCUGAAGCCAGCCUUGUACAUUUUUAAAAUGUUUAACGUUUUAUUCUGUUUUUAUAUAUGUUGGAAGCUGCCCACAGUGACUGGGAAAGCCCAUUAAGAUGUCUGAGGUAGAAAUAGUAAAAUUAGCAUUAUGGAAUGGGACGUCCCUAUUUUCAUCGGAGAAAUGUUGGAGGGUAUGGGAUGAUGAUGAUGAUGAUGAUUUUGCUUCAUCUUCACCAUAAAGUCCCAAACAGGUUGCAAUUGUUUAAAGUACUAUUUAAAAAUACAGCCAUACCUCAUGUUACGUUUACUUCAGGUUGAGCGUUUUCAGGUUGCGUCCCGCGGCAACCCGGAAGUACCGGAAAGGGUUACUUCUGGGUUUCGCCGCUCGCGCAUGCGCAGAUGCGCAAAACGACAUCACGCGCAUGCGCAGAAGCGGCGAAUCCCGGCACGCACAGACGCGGGUUGCGUUCCUUUCAGGUUGUGAACGGAAUGGAUCCCGUUUGCAACCAGAGGUACCACUGUAGUUGAACCAACUUACAGUCAAUAUAAUAGCACGGAUCCUAAUACACACACACACACACACACACACACACACACACAAACAUGGUUUCACAAAGGCCCAGAGUAGAGAAACACACAAUAACAGUGCACAACCUAGGAGUUGCCACAGAGAGUGCCCCCUCCUGCGUCUCUCACACACAGAACUUCUGAUAGUGGUGGUCCUACCAAGUUCUUUUAUUUACUUUAUUUUUAUUUGUUAGAUUUAUAUACCGCCCUUCAUCAAAAGAUCUCAGGGCGGUUCUUAACUGCUGAUCUUUACAUGCCCUCCAACACCCUGAAGGUGAAAACCGUGGCGUCAUCUUCUUGGGCGCCAUCUUCCUGUUUUUUCCUGCGAGAGAACGGCGGCCAUGUUGGGCGCUGUGAUCUCACACAGUUUUGUGCUGCGAUUUCCCCCUGAAAUUAAAAAAAAAACUGUUUCUUUGGGGCACAGUGGCCUAAAAUGUGCAUUUUUGGGUGCUAUGCGAAAUCGUUGCCCUGAGAAAACUCCCCCUUCCCUUGGGAUGUGGCCAGUGUCAUCUAUGUAAGUAAAGAGGAUGGCUAAGAAAGGUGCCCACCAAUCCACCUGUGCUUUUAUCAUUUCUGGCGUAAUGCCGUCUAGGCCUGGGGCUUUGGCGAUUUUCAGUUGUUUUAUAUAUGAUUUCACUUCAGUUACUGAAACUGGCGGCCAUUUAGCCAGUUGUUCUAUAUUAUAAUUCCGUAACAGAGGUUCAGCGUCCUCAUACAAAGAUUGAAAGAAUGAGACCCAAAGGUUAGGGGGAAUUUGUGAGGUUAAGGGGGAAAUAGCCUUAUGGGUGCCGGAAGCUUAUCUUAAAGUUUAAGCGUCUAUACGCUUAUCACAUUUAUAAAUUUUAAAUUUAUUGUUGUACAUUGUUUUAAAUGUUUGUUUUCCUUCUGGGAUUGUACCCCCAAGUGUGUUUUAUAAGCUGGUCUCCGACCGUAAUAAAUUAUCUAUCUAUCUAUCUCCCCCCUCCCAAGAAAAAAUGUGGUACGAAAUCUCACGAGAUCAUGGCACCCAAAAUGUCUGCCAUUCUCUCGCGGAAAAAAAUGGGAUGUCCCAGUUUUCCUGGGACACUUGUGACUCUUUUCACCCAAGAGUGUCUAUAGGGAAGGAGGCAGUCUUUCUGAUACACAGAGUUCCCCAGAGGUCUCCCAAUCUGGUGCUAGCCAGGCCAAGUUCUGCUUAACUUCAUCAAGGUUCCUGCAUCCUAAGCUUUCAGCCUCUGGACUUUUUCUUUUCUUCUGGAUAUUUAUAAGUCACAUCCCAGGGCAAAUCUCCCAAGGUGGCCGACAUCAGAACAACAUCCCAUCGGUCAUCCAAAAUCAAUAAAGCUGCAAUCCGGAACUAAGAACAGUUUAAAAAUAAAUUAAACUUUACAGCAUUAAAAGGCAGCCGUUAACGCAAUAGUUAGUGCCAUGUUUUGAACAGCAGCUUGGAAAAAAAAAAGAUUUUCGGGAGAUGAGGAAGCUUUAGCCUUUCAAGAGGAUGUUGGACUACCGAUCCCAUAAUCCAUGACCAUUGGCUGUGCUGGCAAGGGCUGAUGGGAAUUGGAGUCCAAAGACACCAGAAGGGACAUAGGUUCCCCCGCGCUGGGUUUUCAGGGUCCAGCAAAGCAGUGCCAUGUAAAUCUCCCUAGGGAGAGAGUUCCACAGAUAGGGGGCCAUCCAUGCUGAAAAAGGCCCCGUCAACUCGUGGGAGAAUAUAUGGUGAGUUCACAUGGAUUGGGAGCUAAGCCUACUUUCCCCAUCCUGACUUCAGGUACUGAUAAUGAAACCUGAUCUGUUGUUGUUGAGUCGUUUAGUCGUGUCCGACUCUUCGUGACCCCCUGGACCAGAGCACGCUAGGCACUCCUGUCUUCCACUGCCUCCCGCAGUUUGAUCAAACUCAUGCUGGUAUCUUCGAGAACACUAUCCAACCAUCUAAUCCUCCGUCAUCCCCUUCUCCUUGUGCCCUCCAUCUUUCCCAGCAUCAGGGUCUUUUCCAAGGAGUCUUCUCUUCUCAUGAGGUGGCCAAAGUCUUGGAGUUUCAGCUUCACGAUCUGUCCUUCCAGUGAGCACUCAGGGCUGCUUUCCUUCAGAAUGGAGAGGUUUGAUCUUCUUGCAGUCCAUGGGACUCUCAAGAGUCUCCUCCAGCACCAGAAUUCAAAAGCAUCCAUUCUCCAGCGAUCAGCCUUCUUUAUGGUCCAGCUCUCACUUCCAUACAUCACGAAACCUGAUCUACUGGGUUAUAUUGUCUUAUCCGCUUCCCAAAAGGUUAUAUGGCAGUGGAAGCAGGAUCACGGUCCUUAGUGCAGAGUGAACAAGGAUGAUAGCGACUUCUUUAUGUGCUGUCAUAGGAAAGCCUGUCAUCUGUACAUACUACUACACUGAAGGCUUGAACUGGUGUAGAAGCUAUUUCCUCUUCAUGGGGAUCCCUGGGAACUACAGUUGUGUGAAGGGGAGCCUAGGGAAACUCUGAACACCUAUAUUUCCUAGUUUCCCUUUUUGGGAGAAACCAUAGAUAUGGAGGGAGGAACUAUGUACAUUUUUAAAUUUAAUUCCACCUCCCCCUUUUACAUUCAAGAGCCCCCCCACAAGGAAGAUAGGUUUAAUUGUGCAUCAGGAUAUCCCCUAGCUUUUUUUUGAAAUGGAAAUAAUAAUGUUGUUGUUGUUGUUUAGUCGUUUAGUCGUGUCCGACUCUUUGUGACCCCCUGGACCAGAGCACGCCAGGCACUCCUGUCUUCUACUGCCUCCCGCAGUUUAGUCAAACUCAUGUUGGUAUCUUCGAGAACACUGUCCAACCAUCUCGUCCUCUGUCGUCCCCUUCUCCUUGUGCCCUUCCAGUGAGCACUCAGGGCUGAUUUCCUUAAGAAUGGAUAGGUUUGUUCUUCUUGCAGUCCAUGGGACUCUCAAGAGUCUCCUCCAGCACCAUAAUUCAAAAGCAUCCAUUCUUCGGCGAUCAGCCUUCUUUGUGGUCCAGCUCUCACUUCCAUACAUCACUACUGGGAAAACCAUAGCUUUUACUAUACGGACCUUUAUUGGCAAGGUGAUGUCUCUAUGGAAAUAAUAAUAAUAAUUUAUUAUUUCUACCCCACCCAUCUGGCUGGGUUUCCCCAGCCACUCUGGGCGGCUUCCAACACAAUAUUAAAAUAAAGUAAUGCAUCAAACAUUAAAAGCUUCCCUAAACAGGAAAGUAGGAACCGUGAAUUAUCAGACAGUCCAUCCCCACUAGGUAAAUAGGGGAAACUGGGAGCAUCUGUGGAAGUUCUGAUCUCCACGAUGCUCCAGAAGAAAGCCCCAAAGUGGUGACCUUGUGUUUCAAAACCUGAGAGAGUCUUCAGAGUUGCCUCCAUAGCCAUUGCCCCAUUCUGUGUGUGACCUGGGUGACCUUCGGUCAUCUGUCACCGGGCUGUCAGAGCCGGGGCCCCUACGGAGGCCCGGUUGCGACUCGUGGGCAAGGACCCAACUCAUCCAUCAUUUGGAGUGACAGCUAAAAGGCUGGAGCAGGCGGAGGGCAGCAUGGGGGAGGGGGGAUGGACAGUUGCCAGGUCCCCCGAUACCGGGUACAGGGGAACUUUCGUGUCUUGGAACAUCUGCUUGGGAAUUGGAGAAAAGAAAGGGACGUGGUUUUGUGACGGGCAUGGAAAAGGAAGGUGGACCAGGAUCUGUUCCCAUAUUUGUUGGGAACAUAAGGCGAGGAGACAGGGGCCAAAGAAAGGAGCCUGAAAAGAAAGAUUGUGACAUUCAGUUCGUGCAGGGCUGGCAAAAUUGAGCAGCGAAGCUUUUUCCCUGGGCCUCUUCUUGAGGGUGCUGGUGGGGUUGCAUGCUUGUUUGGAUACUCCACACUUGGGGGUGGGAAGAGAUGCAGCAUGUUGUUGUUGUUGUUUAGUCGUUUAGUCAUGUCCGGCUCUUCGUGACCCCCUGGACCAGAGCACGCCAGGCACUCCUGUCUUCCACUGCCUCCCGCAGUUUGGUCAAACUCAUGCUGGUAGCUUCAAGAACACUGUCCAACCAUCUCAUCCUCUGUCGACCCCUUCUCCUUGUGCCCUCCAUCUUUCCCAACAUCAGGGUCUUUUCCAGGGAGUCUUCUCUUCUCACGAGGUGGCCAAAGUAUUGGAGCCUCAGCUUCACAAUCUGUCCUUCCAGUGAGCACUCAGGGCUGAUUUCCUUCAGAAUGGAGAGGUCUGAUCUUCUUGCAGUCCAUGGGACUCUCAAGAGUCUCCUCCAGCACCAGAAUUCAAAAGCAUCAAUUCUUCAGCGAUCAGCCUUCUUUAUGGUCCAGCAUAUCUCCCUGCAUGUAGAAAACCAGCUCUUCAAGAAGGACUCAGUCUCACAUUCCCCUAGUACACUCCCCCCACUUAAAAAACAACAAAACACUUCUACAGGUAGGGCUGGCCUUAGCACCUGGCACCCCUAGGCAGUUGCUAGGGCCCCUCUGUCCUGGCAGGGCCCACUACUGAUGCCUACUGUGGGUCCUCUUUAAAAUAAAAUUUAAAAAAUUCUUUGAGCUGGGUCUAUUUCCCACAAAAUGCCUCCAUUUCAGUAUCAUGCCAGGGCUCUGUCAGAAGUUAAAAUAGACCAGUCUUUUGCAACCCAGCUUCUGUGGGACUCUGCUUUCCCGUCGGCCUCAGACAGCAGGGCCAAGGAUGAUGGAAGUGGAGGUUCAAUGACACCUGAAGGGAACCAGUUUGGGGAGACCUGAGCCAGGCCCAGCAGGGGAUGCUCAGGGUGCCCCUGUUGUCCUCGUUGAGGCCCACUGCUGUGCGUAGCCACUUGGUAAAACUCCAGGUCCCCCAUGGAAUUUUACCUGUGGCCCAGUAUUCAAAUACUCCAGACCACCCCUUACCCCUGUAGCCUCAAGUGGUGCAGUCCACGAAAAAGCUUUGCCACUAGAUUUCUGCUCAUCAUAUACCGUAUUUUUCGCUCUAUAAGACGCACCAGACCACGAGACGCACCUAGUUUUUGGAGGAGGAAAACAAGAAAAAAAAUAUUCUGAAUCUCUGAAGCGAGAAGAGCAAGAGGGAUCGCUGCGCAGUGAAAGCAGUGAUCCCUCUUGCUGUUCUGGCUUCUGGGAUAGCUGCGCAGCCUGCAUUCGCUCCAUAAGACGCACACACAUUUCCCCGUACUUUUUAGGAGGGAAAAAGUGAGUCUUAUAGAGCAAAAAAUACAGUAAACUGGGCCACGGUUUAGCAGAGAGAAGGGAAUGCAUGUGGCCAGGAGUUUCUUCUUCAAAAAAACCCCCCGAGCUUUUGAGUUAUUUUUAAUGAAGUUCGCCAAAAUCGACACUUCUGUCAUGGGCUGCCAUAUGUCCGGAUUUCCCCGGAUAUUUCAGAGAUUUCUGCCCAGACGCUGUUUACAAGGGCUGAAUACCAGGUAUGUCCAGGGGAUUCCAGUCAUAUGUCAACCCUAGCUAAAUCUUUGGCCACAAGGCUCUGGUCCACAUCAAAGUCUAUAAAGCACUCUGGAUAGUUCAGUGCUUGAAUUAUGCUGGGGGCUAAGGUUGUGAUGCUAGCAUGAGGUUAUCGCUAUGUACAGGGGCCAAGCUCAAAUGUGGUUUAAGAAACCUUCCGCAAAACCCUUCGGAUGAUAUCGGGCCGACUUCGCUAACACCCUCCCCAACUUCUCUUCUCUUCCCCUCAACAGCACCCCUAUCCCUCGGAAGAACAGAAGAAGCAGCUAGCUCAGGAUACGGGACUGACCAUCUUGCAAGUCAAUAACUGGUAAGGAUCUCAACGCUGGCGCAGAGGGGUAUUUAGCUCCUUUAGAUCCAUUUCUUCACCCAGUCCGGAGGUUCUCUUCAUUGACGUGGGUUGCAGCCAACUAGGUUCUGCUCGUGGUAGACAUAUUUAAGAAUUAUGAACCUGAGUGAGUAAUGAUCAGUCAUUUCAAUUACUUUGAGUAGGACACACCCUGGAUGCAGCCCUUUGGGUUUACACCAUGGUGACUUUUUAGUUGUGUGUGUGUUUAAAUGAUGUAGGGUAGGCAUGUCCAAAGUCUGUUUCGGGGGCCUAAUCUCUGGGUUAUCUGAGGAUAAGUCUGUGGGUUGGGCUAGUCUGAUGUGAGAGAGUGAGGGAAUCUGUUAAGAGGAGUCAGUCAAACGGUUGAGAUAAUCAGUCAGAAGGUAUAGGCCAGUAAAGAAAAUAAAGUUAAGAAACUGACAAGAAUAUUAUCUGAGAAACCAACAACUUGGUCGGCCCUCACGCAUGUUCACUUCAUCAAAUCUGGCCCUCUUUGACAAAAGUUUGAACACCCCUGAUGUAGUGGGUGCACAGGAUAAAGGCUUUAAAUUAUUUAAUAAUAUGUUUGAAAAUAUGUUGUUAAGCCAUUUUAAGGACAGAAGGAGGGCUUCCUGGAUCAAGCCAAUGGCCCUUCUAGUUCAUUAUCCUCUUCUUACUGUGGCCGCUCAGAUGCUUCAAUGGGAAAGACCUGGAAACGAUGCCUUAUGAGGCACGGCUAAGGGAGCUGGGCAUGUUUAGCCUGGAGAAGAGGAGGUUAAGGGGUGAUAUGAUAGCCAUGUUCAAAUAUAUAAAAGGAUGUCACAUAGAGGAGGGAGAAAGGUUGUUUUCUGCUGCUCCAGAGAAGCGGACACGGAGCAAUGGAUCCAAACUACAAGAAAGAAGAUUCCACCUAAACAUUAGGAAGAACUUCCUGACAGUAAGAGCUGUUUGACAGUGGAAUUUGCUGCCAAGGAGUGUGGUGGAGUCUCCUUCUUUGGAGGUCUUUAAGCAGAGGCUUGACAACCAUAUGUCAGGAGUGCUCUGAUGGUGUUUCCUGCUUGGCAGGGGGUUGGACUCGAUGGCCCUUGUGGUCUCUUCCAACUCUAUGAUUCUAUGAUUCUAUGAAUCCAUCAAAAAGGACCUAAGUGUCACAGAGCUCUCUCUCCACUUGUGAUUCCAGCAACUCAAACUAAGGCUCACCCAACGACAGGAGGGUCAAGUGUUGUUUUUUUAAUACGAUGAUUAAUUUAGUACAUGGAACUCGGUGCCACAAAAAGGGGAGCCGGCCACUAGACUCAGCAACUCAGUUAGAUGUUGAACGAUGGGGGUGGAGACGCUCCUUCAGGUAUACUGGGCCUUUGAGGCCCUUUAGGGCUUUAAAAGUCAACACCAACACUUUGAAUUGUGCUCGGAAACACACUGGGAGCCAAUGCAGGUCUUUCAAGAUCGGUGUUAUGUGGUCUCGGCAGCCACCCCCAGUCACCACUCUAGUUGCUGCAUUCUGGAUUAGUUGUAGUUUCCAGGUCACCUUCAAAGGUAGCCCCACGUAGAGCGCAUUGCAGUAGUCCAAGCGGGAGAUAACUAGAGCAUGCACUACUCAGGUGAAACAGUCUGCAGGCAGAUAGGGUCUCAGCCUACGUACCAGAUGGAGCUGGCAGACAGCUGCCCUGGGCACAGAAUUGACCUGCGCCUCCAUGGACACCUGUGAGUCCAAAAUGACUCCCAGGCUGCGCACCUGGUCCUUCAAGGACACAGUUACCCCAUUCAGGACACGGAAGUCCUCCACAUCAGCCCACCCCCUGCCCCCCAAGAACAGUACUUCUGUCUUGUCAGGAUUCAACCUCAAUCCAUUAGCCGCUAUCCAUCCUCCAACCACCUCCAGUACUGUGCCAGAAGGACCAAGGGUCUGACUCUGUACCAUGCAACUUCCUAAGCUCUUAGUGUGGCUCUGUGACCCAGAGUUGGACUGCCAAUAAGCAAGCGGCGUUUUGGAGAGAGGCGGCAUAAUCCCAGACCAAACUCUGACCCUAUUAUCAGUCGGUGCCUGACUCCUCCACUGCUUCUUCUGUCUCUUGCAGGUUUAUUAACGCCAGGCGGCGCAUAGUUCAACCGAUGAUCGAUCAAUCAAAUCGCACAGGUAUGGGGUUCCGUCUGGGAGAGGGCAAGUGGGGUUUUUUGGUUGUUGGGUUGUGUGAUCCAGGAUGCUGGGGCUGCACUUGCUUAACUCCUCCAAUGUGGGGCCCUCCAGAUGUUUCGAACGACUGUUCCCACUAGUCCCAGCUAGCAACGCCAAAGGCUAGGGGUGGUGCAGCAACAUCUGGGCAGCUGCAGGUUCCCCCUCUGUCACAGGAGCAUGCCAGUCAGUAACCACACCGUUCAAAGUUGCAGUUCAUUCCCAGUGGUCUUAUUCCGUGGAAAUCAGUUGCUGAGGCUGAAAGUCCCCGUCUCCCUACUGUUAGGAUAUACCGUAUUUUUUGCUCUAUAAGACUCACUUUUUCCCUCCUAAAAAGUAAGGGGAAAUGUGUGUGCGUCUUAUGGAGCGAAUGCAGGCUGCGCAGCUAUCCCAGAAGCCAGAACAGCAAGAGGGAUCGCUGCUUUCACUGCGCAGCGAUCCCUCUUGCUCUUCUCGCUUCUGAGAUUCAGAAUAUUUUUUUUCUUGUUUUCCUCCUCCAAAAACUAGGUGCGUCUUGUGGUCUGCUGCAUCUUAUAGAGCAAAAAAUACGGUAGUUUUGUUCCACCUUAAAAGGGUACAGGCAUGACUGCUGUGUGUCACAUGCCUGUUUACUUCCAGCAGUCUGCUGAGAACUUCCUUUUGUAUAUAGCUUUUGUGUUACUGCUGUUUUUGCUGGAGACGAAGGGAAGCAGACAUCUGUCCUGAACUAUGCUGUACAUUAUGCUUACACAUUUCUCUGUCUGCCUCUUCUGCUGUGAGAAGAUUUACACACUCUGCUGAUAGAGCGUGCACGGGGCUCUAAACGUAUCUGUGGCUCUUGUCGCUGAUUGAUGCUGUUCCAAGGGAGACCGGCUGCCAGCCAGUGGCUGGAGCCAGCUGGGGGCCUGCCUGAUGCCCCCGUCUCCCCGGCAGUAUCCCAACACCCACAGCCGUCUAAGUCACCUCCUCUCCAGGGCUUUUCCCAAGCAAUCUGAGACGCUGCCUGCUUGCAGCCAACCUCUCUUCCGCCCCUUUCAUGCCUCUUCUGAUUCCAGGAGUUGGGGGGGGGAGAGCUUGUUACAACAGGAGGGGGAGACCCCAGUGACUCUACCAACCAGACUCAUCUCUGCCUCUCUGCCUCCCGCCUCCCACUCGCUUGAUUCAACUUCUGUAUCUGAUUAUGGACUGCUCUCUGCCACAGACUCUCCCUGCUCAUUAAGCCCUGUUGCCUCUUCAGCUUCUGACACCUCCUCUUCCUAGUCUUCUCCCUCCAACCACUCAUCAAUGUCCCACCACCAAUCCCCUGGCUCUGAGCCUUCUUCCCAUGGGGGUUCCCCAGCUGGUUCCUCCCACCGCUUCAAACCAGGCCCAUGACACCCUCUCUGCUCUAACUGGGACUAAGAUGUAAGCCUUUAUCAACCUGAUCUUCUACCCAAUGGGUAUGAUAUUACUCACUGCGAGAAGCCAAGUUACAGGGAACCAGGCAGAGGGCCUUCUCGGUGGUGGCGCCUGCCCUGUGGAACGCCCUCCCACCAGAUGUCAAAAAGAACAACUACCAGACUUUUAGAAGACAUCUGAAGGCAGCCCAGUAUAGGGAAGCUUUUAAUGUUUGAUGCAUUACUGUAUUUUAAUAUUUUGUUGGAAGCCGCCCAGAUUGGCUGGAGAAGCCCAGCCAGAUGGGUGGGGUAUAAAUAAUAAAUUAUUAUUAUUAUUAUUAUUAUUAUUAUUAUUAUUAUUACAGCAAUGAAUCAGCAGUUGACAGGAUUAUCAGAUACUUAGAAACCCUAAACUAAAAGCCCUCUUAUAUUACCUAAAAGAUGAAAUAGGGAGGACUUUGCAGUUGGUAUGGAAUUUAUUGAUGGCAUUUAGAAUGUGCAGUCCCUUGCGUCAGCAGGUACAGAAUCUAUGAGGGCUUUUAAGAAAGUUUCCAACGGAUUUUCACACAAAUCCUCGAUGGGUCAUGAAAGCAAGUGAGUUUUUGAGAUGAUGUUCCUUUCGUCCAAUCAGGUCAAGGGGCACCAUACAGCCCUGAUGGGCAGCCAAUGGGAGGCUACGUCAUGGAUGGGCAGCAGCAUAUGACGAUUCGCCCCCCAGGUAAGUGGCGACUGAACUCAAGACAGCAAGGGAAGUAGAGAGGGCACAGUGGGAUUAUGAGAUCAGAGGGAUUGGCAGAUCUGUCGAUUUUGGUUUCUCAUCUUCCCAUCUAUGUGCUCAGUUUCUCAGCACUAAAAGGCUGGCAAGUUUCCAAGAGGACUUUAAAAAUCCCACAAACGGAUGUGGAAAAGGGUAGAGCUUAACCGAAGGCUGGAGAAACUGAAAUUGACAGAUCUGCCCAUCACUUACCUCUGCCACCAGACUUAGCCGAGGGGCCUCUCAGUACCAAAGCAGACUCUGAUGCCAACACCGGUUCGGUUCAGAUUUUUAAAGUGGGCCUAUGUCAGCCUAUAGGGACGCGGGUGGCACUAGGACUUGCCGAUCAGAAGGUCGGCGAUUUGAAUCCCCGCGACAGGGUGAGCUCCCGUUGCUCGGUCCCAGCUUCUGCCAACCUAGCAGUUCGAAAGCACGUCAAAGUGCAAGUAGAUAAAUAGUUACCACUCCGGUGGGAAGGUAAACGGCGUUUCCGUGUGCUGCUCUGGUUCGCCAGAAGCGGCUUAGUCAUGCUGGCCAUAUGACCUGGAAGCUGUACGCCGGCUCCCUUGGCCAAUAAAACGAGAUGAGCGCCGCAAUCCCAGAGUCGGUCACGACUGGACCUAAUGGUCAGGGGUCCCUUUACCUUUACCUUUAUGUCAGCCACAAGGGACGCAGGUGGCACUGUGGGUUAAACCACAGAGCCUAGGACUUGCCGAUCAGAAGGUCGGCGGUUCGAAUUCCCGUGACGGGGUGAGCUCCUGUUGCUCGGUCCCUGCUCCUGCCAACCUAGUAGUUCAAAAGCACGUCAAAGUGCAAGUAGAUAAAUAGUUACCGCUCCGGCGGGAAGGUAAACGGCGUUUCCGUGCGCUGCUCUGGUUUGCCAGAAGCGGCUUAGUCCUGCUGGCCACAUGACCCGGAAGCUGUACGCCGGCUCCCUCGGCCAGUAAAGCGAGAUGAGCGCCGCAACCCCAGAGUCGGCCACGACUGGACCUAAUGGUCAGGGGUCCCUUUACCCUUUACCUUUUUAUGUCAGCCACACUUUCUGAAACAAUAUGGGAAACCAAAUUGCAGGCAUUCUUCGAAAUUCGCACUUCUCUGAAUAUUGUGACACACUUCUCCAACCAGAGAAUGUGUGCAUUCAGGGAAAGUGUGCAGAAAAAUUUGUUGCAUCGGAUAAAGACGACAUGUGAAGUGUAUUAUAUUGCUUGCAAAAGUGUGCAUUCCAGGCAAAAUUGCCGGCAAACAUGUGCACGUUUGGAGACAUUUGCACUAAAUGCUGACAAAUUUUUGUGAGGACUUUAGAAAUAAUAAUAGUUUGCAAACCGUUAACAGAAAUUUGGAGAACUGAGCUUAAGGCUGGAAAAUGAGAAUCUGAGGGAAACCAAAAGGGACAGAUUAUUCACCCCGAGCCCUGAUAAAUGGGUUGUCUCCAGUGCAAGUUCUACUCAAGGUAGAGUCCUUGAAAGUCAUGCAUUUUAAGUAAUGCAUUCACACAGUAGUUUAUUCUGUUUCCCCCGAUGUUUCCCUAACUGUGAAUUUCUGCAUUAUAUUUGAGUGUUGACGUGACAUAAAAGACACUUCCGGAAAAAUAGCGGAAUGUAGCCCAAGUUUCGCACUCGUUUCUGUUUGCAAAUAACAAGAAAAAGAGGAGCUAAAUUUGCAACGUCUGGCAGCAGCUUUGACGUUGUGUGAAAAGCUUGAAUAGAACUUGGCAAUCAACAGUUAGGGAAACGUCCUAAACCGCUAUGUGAAUGCAGCCUAAUUUAAGUCUGUUAUUUCAGUGGGUCUACUUACCGUAUUUUUCGCCCUGUAAGAUGCACCAGACCAUAAGACGCACCUAGUUUUCAGAGGAGGAAAACAAGAAAAAAUUUUUUCUGAAUCUCAGAAGCCAGAACAACAAGAGGGAUCGCUGCGCAGUGAAAGCAGCAAUCCCUCUUGCUGUUCUGGCUUCUGGGAUAGCCACGCAGCCUGCAUUCACUCCAUAAGACGCACACACAUUUCCCCUUACUUUUUAGGAGGGAAAAAGUGAGUCUUAUGGAGCAAAAAAUACGGUAGUUGGCUACAACCCUGUGUGAAAUAGAAGUGGGGUGCUGGGAGACUUACAAGCUCUGGUUUUGUCCUCCGUUUCCAGGACCAAUGGGGAUGGCAAUGGGCAUGGAGGGGCAAUGGCACUACAUGUAAAGCCCUGAACCCGCUGACAACACGAGAUGGGGAAGUGAGUAUCUCAUGGGAGUCUGCGGUCGCUGGUGGGUUCAUCUGGCCUCGUGCUCCAGGAAACAGAAGUAGCAUGGCGUGCGCUCGUUGAAGCCAAGUGUGGCAUCCGUGCUCAGCACCCUUGGGCAGCUGACAGGACCCACUCACACGGGCGCCGGCUCUGGGUCCCCCCCGUUGAGUGGCUGAAAUAUACUCGGAGUCGAGAGUGGAUUUCAUGCUCUUUAUUCAGCUCCUAGUGGUGAGGAGGAAUGGAAGUUCCCCCAGAAUGUCUGCUUUAUAUACAUUAUUUACACAAUGGGCCCCAUGUGAUUGGCUAAUUCCGGGAUUCACCUGUAGGCCAAUCAGGUUGCGGAUUCACUUCCACCUGGAGCUGGAUUGGGUGGCUCCUGUGGACCAAUCAGACUGCUGCAUUCUGAAGCCUAUUGUUCUAGGACCAAUCAGCUGCUGCCUUUUGGAUCCUAUUCAACUCAGUACAUAACAGUGGCCCAAGACAUUUUGGCCUCUGAGGCAAACCACAAAAAGGCGCCUAGUCCCCACCAUGUUAGAAGGGUGUGAGUGAAGAUCUAUAACAGGAACAGGGGGUGGGAAUAAAGAUCUACAUCGGGAUCUGCUGUCCCCGUGGAUCCUGCCACCCCAGGCGGUUACCUCACCUUGCCUCAUGGGUGGGCCGGCCCUGCUUCAAACCACUCCUGGGAAUUUCCCGGGAUGCCCUGGGUCUUCACAGAGGCUUUGUGAUUGGGGCAUUUUGGGAGACGCCCCUGAAGCAUCUGGCUGGUCCAUUUGUGGGGGGGGGACAAGGACUUCAGCCAAUAGUACUGAGCUGAUAUUUUGCAGGAGACAUUGCACACACACACCCCAAGAUCCUUUUUCUCUCUCCUCUCUGCUAAAUUUCUCUAAACAGGAUCCACCAUUUUAAAUUAUUCUUUUGUUGUUGUUGUUGUUGUGGCAGCACAUAAGCGGCACACAAAACACUAAAAAACCAUUCUGCGUUCUAAAUCUUAUAUAAAUAAUCCAAAAAUUGAGAGAGCUAUGUACAAUAUCUACUACAGAAGCCACAAGCAGAAAACUCAUUCAAAUUGUGUCCAAAAGGAAGAUUCAGUCUUUAAAGGUUCCUUUAGCCAGGCUCCUGUAGAUACCAACAAACGUAAGUUGGAUCAAACAGUGAUGAACGUAGAAUGGUUUUUUUAGUGUUUUGUGUGCCGCUUAUGUGCUGCUUACUUUAUACUGGUCUGCUAUGAAAAUUAGGGACGCGGGUGGCGCUGUGGGUUAAACCACAGAGCCUAGGACUUGCUGAUCAGAAGGUCGGCGGUUCGAAUCCCCGUGACGGGGUGAGCUCCCGUUGCUCAGCCCCUGCUCCUGCCAACCUAGCAGUUUGAAAGCACGUCAAAGUGCAAGUAGAUAAAUAGGUACCGCUCCAGCGGGAAGGUAAAUGGUGUUUCUGUGCGCUGCACUGGUUCGCCAGAAGCGGCUUAGUCAUGCUGGCCACAUGACCCGGAAGCUGUACGCCGGCUCCCUCGGCCAGUAAAGCGAGAUGAGCGCCACAACCCCAGAGUCGUCCGCGACUGGACCUAAUGGUCAGGGGUCCCUUUACCUUUACUACGAAAAUUGGCAGCAUAGGUUCAUUUCUUCAGCAGUUGUUGUGGCGGCUGCAAUUCCCGCUCCCUGCAAUACCCUGGAAUGGUGCAAAGGGGCAUUCGGCGGGGGGUGUUUGCAAAGUGCAGGCCAGGGUGCCCACACAGCUGCUGUGAAACAAAAAGGAGCAAACAAACGAAAGCUAAACAUUUUAGGAGAAAGAAACAAAGCUGGGCUGCUGAGCUCCCCACCAAGCCACCCAGGAAACUGUUGGAGAAGUUCUCUUUUCCCUGGAGAAAUCCUGUGAAAUUGUUGCCCCAGUUUUUCUGCCUGCAAGCAGCAUAAAAGAUUCUGGGAGUUCCUUGUGAGCGUAGAACUGGUUCUCUGGGCAGAUUCUGGGUCACUCAUUCAACAUGGGAUAGCGGCCAGAGUGUCAGACUAGGACGAGGGACACCACGGUUCAGAGCCAUAUUUCAAAAAGUGUAAAUCGGGACACAAAAGUUGUUUUUUUUGGGGGGGGGCUAAGUUGUUGAGCUCCGCCCCCCAAAUCUCAACAACAACAACAAAGGUUUGGGAACUAUUUUAAAGGAAAUUCGGCAUAAAAUCUACACUUCAGACAUUGAUUGCCAUACACCCAGGUUUUCCCAAUUUCCCAAUUUCCAGAAAUUCUGCAGAGACGCUAUUUCUGAUAUGUUCAGGAAAUCCUGGACAUAUGGCAGCUCUACUUUAGAUGCCCUAAGCACUGGGAAAACUAUGGUGCCUAUCAGGGAACUGACAUCGGAGCUAGAAGCGGAGGGAAGGCUCUCAAAUGAUGCUGGAGAAGGGAGAGAGGCAGCUCCGCAGAUGGGGAAGCAAAUCAGCGCAACACCAGGGAUAAAGAGGGGCUGAUGGGGGAAUCGGCGAGAGGGCUCCAGGACUCUUCACCGGACACCAGCGGGGAGAACACGGGUCCCCCGCUACCCACGCCCACCCUGCGCAGAAGACUUCCGCGCAGAGAGAGUAGGAGGAGACUGGGUGUCAAACAACUUUUAUGUUGGAAAAGAUUUAAGAAACGCCCACUGACGGAUUCUGCUGAGGCAGCCACGAAGUGAAGGGCUGCCCAGACUGAAAGGUUUAGCAAGGCAACAAAGCCUGGAAAGGCGGCAACUUACGCACGAGCAACCCAUACACAUUACAGUGCCCUUCCCCACUAAGUAAUUCAAAAUAAAAACCAUACUAAACCAUUUUUUAAUAGUCAGAAAACAAAUUGAUUGCAACACAUGAAAGGAUCCGAUUUCUUUCCAUUGUUUUGAUCUACCUUAGUAAGACGACCCCCGGGUUAGGUGGGAAUUAAGGGAUGAGAAGAGUGUCUGCUUUGCUGCGGCCCUAAACACAGGUUUAGUGCCCCAGUUGGGUAAUCCAGGGUUCAAAAGGGGUGCGGCUGGCACUGUGGUCUAAACCACUGAGCCUCUUAGGCUUGCCGAUCAUAAGGUUGGCAGUUUGAAUCCCCGUGAUGGGGUGAGCUCCUGCUGCUCGGUCCCAGCUCCUGCCAACCUAGCAGUUCGAAAGCACACCAGUGCAAGUAGAUAAAUAGGUACCAUUGCAGCGGGAAGGUAAACAGUGUUUCUGUGCGCUCUGGUUUCUGUCACAGCGUUUCGUUCCGCCCGAAGUGGUUUAGUCAUGCUGGCCACAUGAGCCGGAAAGCUGUCUGCGGACAAAUGCCGGCUCCAUCAGCCUGAAAGCAAGAUAAGCGCCGCACCCCAUAGCCUCCUUUGACUGGUCUCAACCACCCAGGGGUCCUUUACCUUUAUAAAGGUAAAGGUAAAGGAACCCCUGACCAUUAGGUCCAGUCGUGGCCGACUCUGGGGUUGCGGUGCUCAUCUCGCUUUACUGGCUGAGGGAGCCGGCAUACAGCUUCUGAGUCAUGUGGUCAGCAUGACUAAGCCGCUUCUGGCAAACCAGAGCAGCGCACGGAAACGCCGUUUACCUUCCCGCCAGAGUGGUACCUAUUUAUCUACUUGCACUAGCGUGCUUUCGAACUGCUAGGUGGGCAGGAGCUGGGACCGAGCAACAGGAGCUCACCCCGUUGUGGGGAUUCAAACCACCGACCUUCUGAUCAGCAAGUCCUAGACUCUGUGGCUUAACUCACAGCGCCACCCACGUCCCUUUAGCUUUAUACCAGGGUUCAAAUCCCCAUUUGACCCUAUCUCCUAGCCUCCCCUACCACACACGGGUUGUUGUGUGGGUAAGAGGCAGAGGGGAAGAGCUGUGUACGUAACCUGGAGCUCGCCAGAUAGAAAUAUGUCAACAAAUUGAAAAAGAAGAUUUGAAGUGCAGGCGGAGUGAGGAAAGCAUGGCUGGCGUUCACUGUCUGCUCCUUCUUUGUUUUUUUUCAGGUUUCCAGACUAGGCUGUGUGCCGGGCAAGACGAACCCUAGCAGGUUUUACGGGCACCAGACUCCCGGCACAUCAGGGCCUCCUGCGCCCACAACUUCCCCAGCGCUCCGUGAGAAUGUGCCACAGACCAUUCUCCCUCUCCCCCUCCAGCCACGACGCACGGCCACUGUCCGCACUGCAACCCCCGACCAGAAGAAGCGAAACACCCCCAGCACACCCAAACCCCCCACUCGGGACGGGCCGAGCACGGACAGCGCCCCUUCCCUGCCCUCCUUCUUCCUGCCCUUCCGCCAGUUCCUUCUCUCCCUCACUCCUUUUUGCCAAAUAAAGAAGGACCGUUCCCGACAACCUGUAGCCAAAACGACAAGGCUCCGAAAUAUCCUGCGGGCGUCGCAUCUGCCGGGGUUUAGGAGCCAGACGAAGCUGGACUUUGAUGGAAACAGAUCCCCCUUCCCAGCGUUUAAAAAAGGAAAAAGAAAGAACAAGGGAGAGGUGGAGAGCGCAAUCUGUCUUUCAACAAAGAUGUGGAGAGGGGGGAAGGCCGAUGUAUUAACUUUUUCAUUGCUUGGGGUCUGAUCCAUCGUUUUUCUCGCCAGGCGCAUACCUCACGCCCGCCUGCCCCCCGCCACCACUCCAGACACGGCGGCCUCUUCACGGACUUCUUUUCCAAAGGAGAGAAUUUCCAAGCAGGGUUGUGUUUUGUUUCAUUUUCCAAAAACCUUUCCUUUUCUUUCUUUCUUUCUUUCUUUCCCCCUCCCCCCCUCCUUCCUUCUGGAUGUUUUAAUUAUUAAUUAAUUAUUGAUGUCGAUGCUCAGAACGGGGAAGUAAAUUAAAUUGUACAUUUUAUUUUCCUUUUUAUCUUUUUUUUCCAGGGUUCUUUUUUAAACGUGCUUUUUUUUUUGUUUCGUUUUGUUUUUUAAACUGAGAAAUAAUUCAAGA